AAGGGAGCCGCCGCCUCUCUUCCCCGCAGGGACGGGAUUUCGGGCUGCCUCCCGUCUCCGCCCACCCGUCAUCAUCCACAAUGCAACAACCGCCGCCUCUGCCGAGGUUUCUGCUCCUGCUUCGUCGGACUCCGAGGGCGGCACACAAAGGAAGCGGGAGGUGGGGGAUCUUGGCCUGUCCUUCUCUCCUGGCUCCACCCACCCCCCUUUCUCUCCAAGCGCGCGUGUGGACCCUGCAGUGACUUUGCAAGCGUGCGCUCUGCCCGGAAAGCGUGCAUGCUGGAAGCGGGCAGAUUUCGAUGGGGUUUUAAUUUUAAUUUUUUUUAAUUGGUGUGUGGGUGACAGCAAGCAAAGGGUUUCCACCCCCCACCCAUCCCCAAAUAGAUAUAUAUUUAUAAAUUCACGAUCAAUGAAUGAACGUGAUUCCAUGAUCCCGCAGCACCUGUAAAAGGGAUGUGCUAGGUGUGCUCUGAUACAGGAGGAAGAAAAGUGUUGCGGUGCAAGAGCAGGCAGGAGCUGAAAUCUUUGCUGCGGAGAGAGACGACUGUGAGCUGGGCGGGCUCGCCCGCCCUUGGACGCUGCACCAAAAAUCCAGGCUGCAUGACCAUCACAAAGGUAGGAAGAGGGAGCGGUGCAAACGAGGGACGAAAGCGGCGCACCUGCUCUUGAACCGCGUCGCAGGUGCCAGGCAUUUUGCAAGCAUUUUGCAUGCACCAGCCCAGAUCCCGCAGUUCCCCUGCUGCGUCGUGCGUCCGGCAUUAUAACGCACUGGAAACCGUCCGCUCGCAAAAACAAAACAAAAUACGGGGGGGAAGUCUUGCAAAUGCCCCUGAGUGGCUUGGUGGAUCAUUCUUAGAAGGGUGGAUCCUCCCGACCCUGCAGCGUUCAGGAUCUGAGGGGCGGGGCGAAAUCACAACAUCAGCAAAAAAUGCUUGCAUGAAUUUGACAGCAACAUAUACUUAGCUAUCAAAUCGUCGCCGCCCUCUACCCCUUUUUCAAAAAAGACAUCUGUCGGGUUGGGUCAUUUGCAACAUUCACGUUUGCUCAGGGUCGAAGGGAGCCCUAGCUUAUUCCCACCCCAGUCCUUGUGUGUAAGAAUAAGAAGCAUAAUCCGUCAGCAAGUUCUCCUGGGCAAGGAAACGCUUUUUCAGCCUGCAAGAAAUUGGCACAUUUCUUGUUAAGAUCUGAGCAUAUUAGAGGAACUGAUCUCAACCCUAUCUUGUUCUAGAUAUGCGGGGAGGGGAAAACAUUAGCUCUUGAGAGAAAAUAAAAUCGUAUUGGUUUAGGGCUGCCAACUUUGAUUCCAGGACCAGAAGGCCGAACGAGGCCAGAGCCUGGAGGGAUCUGUUUCACUGGGAUAGAUCUCCUGGGCGUGCCUAAGCUGGCCUUGGAGUUUGCUUGCAUUUCAGGUCACCUGCGGCGAGUAGAAAAUCUACUCUAAGUGACGAGCCAUCAAAUUUAUUUGCCAAUUUGAAGAAAGUUGGUUCUGCUUUUCAUUCAAGCUGUCAGUGUCAAGUCCCCCUCUUCUCAGAAUUCUUCUUCCUAUACAGUAUGCAUUUCCAAACGCUAGCUAUUUAAUUUAAUUUAAUCAUUGCUUUCCUACCCACCUAAUGCCAACUAACUGCUCCAUUGUGCUUGCAACCAGGUGGUUAAAUAUGCCCCAAAGGGUGGGUUGUUUCAAGUCUUUCAGUGCAUCCUUAUUGGUGAAAACAGGCUUCCAAUCUGCACUAGUGCUUGUUUGGGGCCAAAGGAUGGUAGUUACUCUGGAUAAGAUAAUUCAGAGUCCAGGUCUGAUAUUGUCUGUGUGACCUCGGUAUGCCCUUCUGUGCCGUGCGCUUGUUGCAGACGUAGAUAAGGUGGUUGACUAACACAGUAGGAUAGAUUUAUUGCCCUGACUUUGCCCUGGGGGCCAGGGAGACUUAUGGAGGAUUUGCAACAAGAAUAUUGCUGUAAUUUUGCCCUUGAGUUCAGGGGAACCUGAUGAGUGUUCAAAAGGAUUAUGAUGUUAUUAUUUUCAAAGGAGGUUUUGUCUGCAACUGAGGACCACAUGAAGGAUAAUAAUCAUACUCUAGUUCCAUAGAAAUUCUUUUGCUAUGAGAAUGGGUGGCUAGACUCAAAAGAGAAGACUCUUGCACUUUUAAUAGUUGGCGAAGCAGAGCGCAUUCCAACAGGUGUAGUGUUUGUAUCUGGCCAUCCUAAUGGGUGCUAGGUAAUUGCUGAGAGAUGUGGCUUAGUGUCAGUUGAUCCAGCUAUUAACUGUUGGGUGCUAAUUACGCAGUUCUGGAGAUCAUAAGAAUUGCUUUGUUGGAUGAGAUCAAUACAAUGUGCUCACUGUGGCUUCUAAGUGCCUCUGGGAAGCUCAUAAGCAGAGCAUGAAGGCAGCAGCUAUCCUUCCAUGGUGUUUUCCUCCAGUGUCUAUGACCACCAUCUGGCGUUUGAGAACCAUACCUAGCAAUGGUUUGCUUAUUUAAAUGUCUAACGUUGCUUCCCCCCAGCCAUAUCCGAUUCCCAAUGACUGCCAUGAAAGAGCCAUGUAGUAAAACCAUUAUUUUCUCCAAUAAUGAAUGAAAGUUAGGAAGCCAGCAGCCAAAUACUUGGUUAGUUAUUUAAAAGCGAAAUGUGAACUUCAGCCUUCUUUGUGUCUUGAGCUCUUGGUCAUGGGCACCAUUCCUCUCUCCCCUCCCAUUUCUUUUCCCUAAUUUUCCUUCUGCUCCAUCCGUUGACAGCAUUCCCUAGUUCCAAGCUUUCAAGCCUGGACUCCAUUGCUUUGGCCUGCUUCCUUCACCACCCCAAGUUCUCAUUUGCUAGGAGGUCCUUCUGUUCCUUUUUCAUUAGUCCUGUUUCCCUGCCCAUCUAUAGGAUCUGAGCAGCUCUUCUUGAGAGACUUAGAGUUUGUUGUUGUUGUUGUUGUUGUUGUUGUUUAGUCGUUUAGUCGUGUCCGACUCUUCGUGACCCCAUGGACCAGAGCACGCCAGGCACUUCUGUCUUCCACUGCCUCCCACAGUUUGGUCAAACUCAUGCUGGUAGCUUCAAGAACACCAUCCAACCAUCUCGUCCUCUGUCGUCCCCUUCUCCUUGUGCCCUCCAUCUUUCCCAACAUCAGGGUCUUUUCCAGGAGUCUUUUCUUCUCAUGAGGUGGCCAAAGUAUUGGAGCCUCAGCUUCAGGAUCUGUCCUUCCAGUGAGCACUCAGGGCUGAUUUCCUUAAGAAUGGAUAGGUUUGAUCUUCUUGCAGUCCAUGGGACUCUCAAGAGUCUCCUCCAGCACCAUAAUUAUUCAAUUCUUCAGCCUGUCUUGCCUACCAUAGCAGCUCACCUAGAGACUUCUCCUCUAAGCCAUGGUAUGUCAGGGCUAGGCUGUGAGCAACAAUCUGAGAUGAGCCAGGGACCACAGAACAAUCUACAAGUCAGGACCAAAGAGUAAGUGGGGUGUAGUGGUUGAAAUAUUGGACUAGGACCUGGGAGACCAGGGUUCAAAUCUCCACUCAGCCAGGAAACUCACUGAGCGACCUGGGGCCAAUUCCUGACUGUCAGCCUAACCUACCUCACAGGGUUGUUGAGUGGAUGGAUGGUAAAAUGGGGGAGGAGAGCACCACGUACAGCACCUCACACUUCUUGGAGGAAAGGUGGGAUAUAAUAAAUCUUCUGCUUGGACUACUGCAAUGCGCUGUACGUGGGGCGACCUUUGAAGGUGACUCGAAAACUGCAACUAAUCCAGAAUGCGGCAGCUAGACUGAUGACUGGCUGCUAGGACCAUAUAACACCGGUCCUGAAAGACCUGCAUUGGCUCCCAGUCCAUUUCUGAGCACAAUUCAAAGGGUUGCUGUUGACCUUCAAAGCCCUAAAUGGCAUUGGCUCUGGAUACCUGAAGGAGCAUCUCCACCUCCAUCAUCGAGUCUGGACACUGAGAUCCAGCACUGAGGGCCUUCAGGUGGUUCCCUCACUACGAGAAUUGACGUUACAGGGAACCAGGUAUAGGGCCUUCUCAGUGGUGGCACCCUCCUUGUGGAACGCCCUCCCAUCAGAUUUCAAAGGGAUAAGUAACUAUACGAGCUUUAGAAGGCCAUGGCCCUGUCUACUUCCAAGGUCAAAAACUGUAUUUUUAUCUGUUAUUGUGUAAGCUGCCUUCAGUAAGUUUUACUCGUGAAGGCGGACUGUAAACAUAUAUAAAUAAAUGUUGGAAGGAUUGCAAAGAUAAAGUAGGAGGAGGAAUAUUUUGAACACUCUAAAGUUCUAUAUGGAUACUAUUAUGGUAAUAAUAUUGAUUGCAGUAACGACCAGUGCUUUUUUCUUUAAAAAUGUUUAGGGGUACUCUCGUUUUCCUACUCAUAAAAUACUGCCCCUCAAUGAGGCUAAACUUAGAUUCACAAAAUGUUUAGGGGUAUGCGUCUUCACUGCGUCCCCCCCAGAAAAAAGCACUGGUAAUGACCUUGGUAAUAGUUGUAAGAAAUGGGUGCAUAGUUGUAACCGAUCAGCUUCUCCAACAGUGUAGAAGGCCUGGGAUAAUAUCCAGAGAUAGCCCAUAUAUAAGUUUGUUCACAGCCAGUGCUUGCACCUAUUUGAUGAAGUGCUUGGAUUUUGAGAAAGCAAGCUGGGGCAUGGAGGGCAAAGAGCAACACACUGAUUGCAGCCACAGCACAUGCACAGAUCAGCAAUGGAUUCUGUUUUCAACAACCUCAGAUAUGCAGAUGACACAACCUGGAUGGCAGAAAGUGAGGAGGAAUUAAAGAACCUUUUAAUGAGGGUGAAAGAGGAGAGCACAAAAUAUGAUCUGAAGCUCAACAUCAAAAAAACUAAGAUCAUGGCCCAUCACCUACUGGCAAAUAGAAGGGGAAGAAAUGGAGGCAGUGAGAGAUUUUACUUUCUUGGGCUCCAUGAUCACUGCAGAUGGUUACAGCAGUCACGAAAUUAAAAGACACCUGCUUCUUGGGAGAAAAGCAAUGACAAAUCUAGACAGCAUCUUAAAAAGCAGAGACAUCACCUUGCCAACAAAGGCCCGUAUAGUUAAAGCCAUGGUUUUCCCAGUAGUGAUGUAUGGAAGCGCGAGCUGGACCAUAAAGAAGGCUGAUCACCAAAGAAUUGAUGCUUUUGAAUUAUGGUGCUGGAGGAGACUCUUGAGAGUCCCAUGGACUGCAAGAAGAUCCAACCUAUCCAUUCUGAAGGAAAUCAGCGCUGAAUGCUCACUGGAAGGACAGAUCCUGAAGCUGAGACUCCAAUACUUUGGCCACCUCAUGAGAAGAGAAGACUCCCUGGAAAAGACCCUGAUGCUGGGAAAGAUGGAGGGCACAAGGAGAAGGGGAUGACAGAGGACGAGAUGGUUGGACAGUGUUCUUUAAGCUACCAGCAUGAGUUUGACCAAGCUGCGGGAGGCAGUGGAAGACAGGAGUGCCUGGCGUGCUCUGGUCCAUGGGGUCACGAAGAGUCGGACACGACUAAAAGACUAAACAACAACAAAGCUUUUGGCCCUCUGGGGUAUAGUGCUGGAACUUUCCUGUUCCACUCAUUAGGCACAAUGGUUUUGUAGGUUUUCCCCUUAGCUCAAAUUACCAGGUGGUUAAUUAACACCGAACUUUCCUUUGGGGAGUUGAAAUAUGCUCACCAGGGAGAAACACACUGGGGUAUGGGAGUUCAUAAUAAAUGUGACACACACUAUAGAAAUGGGUGUGACAAUGUUAAGGGCAGGCCUAGGCUGUGCUUGAAUCUAGGCAGAGGUGUGUGCGCAUUCUCUAGCCCGGGGCCCUGAGAUCAGUAGCUGCCUCCCGCAGGGCAACUAUCAGAAAAGUUUGUGCUCUGUUGUUGCCAAGUCAGUAGUAGAAGGCCUGGCUUCUUGUUCUCACAUCAGGCCUGGCCAAUCCACAGGCUUCGUGUGCUCUGUUAGUUGGAGAGGUUGAUACUGGCUGCGUACCUAUGUUAUAGAUGGAUAUAGGACACACAGUCCUGGGUCGUUCUCUGGGACCAGGAGGUUCCUGCUUCGAGCCUUGAGGCUAAGCAGAGACCUGUGCAAGCCUUUGCUUUGUGAAGUAUAUGAUUGUGUCCUAGCAUUAACCGUAGGAUGCAUGUGGUUCAUUGAGAGGGGGAUGAUGAAGCCACAUUGGCAAGCCCUGCCUCCACCGCUGACAUUCACUGGGUCCACAUCAGUUGGUGUGGAGGUCCCAACAAAUACUGAUGCUUGUGCAUAGAUCUCAUGAUGGGAGUUCCUGGUUGGACAGGAGCUCCUCUUUACGUGGAAGAAGUAUACAUGCUAGCCAAAUGCACAGGUGGCAUGGUACAUGGCUGUUGCACAUGUCAGCAGUGUUAGAUAAAUAAGCUAGGUGCCAAAUGGCUCCUUCAGCCAGGGUUACAGUCACCAAAGCAUAAUAUCUAGUUGCCAUUUUGGGGGCCAGAGGGCUUGAAAGUCAUAUUUUCCAAUAAAACCUACUGGUUCCUGAAAUAUAACGGCUAGAAUUCUACAGCAGGCAUAGGCAAACUCCGUCCCCCCAGAUGUUUGGGACUACAAUUCCUAUCAUCCCUAGCUAACAGGACCAGUGGUCAGGGAUGAUGGGAGUUGUAGUCCUAAACAUCUGGAGGGCCGGAGUUUGCCUAUACCUGGUCUACAGGAUUUGCUUCUAGUGUGUGAAAACACUCAAGAUCCAAGGACGCCCAGGCAUGCACCUCCAGAUGAUGGAGACAUCAGAUACCAUCCUCGUGCCUGGGCAUCUUCACUUGGUUGCAAGUGGCCAAUAGCUGGGUACAAAAUGUGCCUGGCGAAUUUUGAAUGCUGCAUGUGAGCAGUGAGGCAUGGCCGGCCCGCACAACCCCAGAUCUUCCUCCCACACGCUUUCAAUGCGUGCGUAUGUGUGCGCCUUCUGAACCCACCUCAUGUUGAGAAGGCUAGCAAGCCACUGUCAUUCAAUUCCCCCACCCUGCAUCUUCACCCACAAAGCACUCCACACAUGGUACAGGACUCGUGUUGAGUGUAGGAUCAAGCCCUUGAUGAGCAGCUGUAAUGUGAAGUUAAUGAAAGGUAAAGGGAUACUCAAAUAAGUUCAUUUUCAUUCCUCAGGGUGUAAAAUGAUCGUUGUGCCGGCGGCCAAAGAAAGGCUUUGUGCAACACGGCACACAGUUGAUGUUGUUAGAGCUGGCCAGGAGCUUUCCGUCUUGUGGCUGUGAUUAAGGCAGGAGAGUGAAAGAGACACUGUAAUCCUAUAUUGAUUUACUUAAUGCUGGCUGGUGUGACAUCUAACUGGUUUAGUAUCACUGGCUAUGCAGAGAGCUGGUUCUCUCUACAGCUUUCGCACAUGCAAUACUGAUUUUAUUUUCUGUUGCUGUCCUGUUAAAUAUGCAGCUUGGUUGGUUAGAGCGUGCUGCUGAUAACGCCAAAGUUGCAGGUUCGUUCCCCAUAUGGGACAAGCUGCAUAUUCCUGCAUUGCAGGUGGUUGGACGAGAUGAUCUUCAGAGGCCCUUCCAGCUCAAUAAUUAUUUGUUUGUAAGUGUGAUUAUCACUGAUGCUCUGUUGUCUUGGGAUAGAUACAUGCCUCCUCCAGUGGCAAGCAACCUUCAUUCUAUUAGUGCAACAGAAUGCCCCUUGGUUGACGCUAAACUAUCUAAUCCAGCUUGUAUAAGUGGAGGAGAGGUGGGUCUGUCUUAAGCUAGGACCCAUAUAGCUCAGUUGGUAGAGCAUGAGGCUCUUCAUCUCAAGGUUGUGGGUUCGAGCCCCACAUUGGGCAAAAAGACUUCUUUAUUGCAGGGGGUUGGAUUAGAUGACCCUUGUGGUCUUGUCCAACUCCACAAUUCAAUAGACAGAUGGUCCAUGGUCUCCAAAAUCUCAGGUGGCAUUCUUUCCUAAACCAAGUUACCUAAGGAGCCAAGAACUGAGCUGAUAUUACUUAUUGUUGCACUGGGUGCUAUACAAGCUAAUAUACGAAAGUCAUGUGGUUGUAUCCAUUGGUGGCUUUCUGCUAUUGCAAAGCACUUCCACAAGCACAAGGCAUUUUUCUCCCUGCCCACUGCAACCGUCUGUGUGCAACUCUCCCUGCCCACUGCAACCGUCUGUGUGCAACUCCCCCCCCCUCCCAAAGCUCCUGUGGGUUGUGGGGCUCUCUGGAGCAUUAUGGGAUGUGGCAUGGGUAUGUCUGCAGCAGGCAGGGGUGAGGAAUGAAAACUGAGGGGCCUUACCUCAUGCAAGCAGUAGUUGUUUCACUAGAGCAAACCUACUGUUAGAUACAACUCAGCAAUGGGGAAUGGCUCCCCUUUGCAGCUGUGGAUUAUAGAGCCAUGGAAGAGCAGAAGUUCAGGCUUUUGGUCAGCAGUGACAUACCGUCCAUGCACUGGGAGGUCAGAGGCAGGUCAAGGUGAUAAGGCCAGAAGAAGCAAUAAACCAUGAGAAAAAAGCCAAGGCUCUUGAGCAGAUUCUUUCUUGAAGAACCUUCUGGUCUAUUUAAUGCAUUGUGCUUCCUGUUAAUAAAUCAAUCCAUUUGUGAUUUUAAAGAAUGUACUGUACUGCUGGUGAUUCAUUAUCUCACUGCAAGCGAAACUGGGGACCUUUCCAAGGACUGCCUCGCCCUCAAUAAAAGAUUCCCUCCCCUACAGUCUAAUGGUGGCCCAUACCAAGGGAGCUGCGGUAGAUGACAACUCCCAUCUGGAGAAGAACGACGUGAGGCAGGGCAUUUGGGACAUGGUCUGCAUGAUCAAGCUGAUAUUCAUUGUUGGGGUUUCUUGGGUAGCAGAGGCAAUGAAGGAUGGGUUGUUGUUGUUGUUUAGUUAUUUAGUUGUGUCCGACUCUUCGUGACCCCAUGGACCAGAGCACGCCAGGCACUCCUGUCCUCCACUGCCUCCCGCAGUUUGGUCAAACUCAUGCUGGUAGUUUCGAGAACACUGUCCAACCAUCUCGUCCUCUGUCGUCCCCUUCUCCUUGCGCCCUCCAUCUUUCCCAACAUCAGGGUCUUUUCCAGGGAGUCUUCUCUUCUCAUGAGGUGGCCAAAGUAUUGGAGCCUCAGCUUCAGGCUCUGUCCUUCCAGUGAGCACUCAGGGCUGGUUUCCUUAAGAAUGGAGAGGUUUGAUCUUCUUGCAGUCCAUGGGACCCUCAAGAGUCUCCUCCAGCACCAUAAUUAAAAAGCAUCAAUUAGGAAAUAAAGCUGUUGGCAUAUCCUGGGCCAGAUUUACUGCCAGAAGUGCCUCCCAUCACUUGUGGUUGGUCUUUUUGUGGUUUCUAUAUGGAGGCGGAGCUACUUUUGUUGGGUUCACAUAUAGCUUCCUGAAGGUUGCCCACACCUUCUGGCUGGCAGAAGUUCCCCGUCCUUGCUGUAUGGGAUAAGAGUUACAGUUACUGCAUCCAGAAUCGGAAUGUGAAAGGUUCACGGAGCUAGUAGGAGUCUGAGAAUACACUAGUGUCCUGCCCAGAGAUGGGCUGCUCAAUGCUGGCACUCCUAGUGGAUUAAGAUCAAGCUCUCCAGACAGCUUAUAUGGGCUAAACGGCAGCAAGCAGAUUAAAAACCGUGCCUUGACAAUAGCUUUCUUUAUUGCCGAGAGAAGAUAAUAUAACUGUUGUAGUUUAGAUAUAUUAAAAAAGAGAUUAAAAUCCACAGUAAAAACAAACAUCAAUAAAGAAAGCCGUCUAACAGGUGACCAAAGAGAGAGACUUUGUAUUAGCCAACUGAUACAUCAAAUUAAUAGAAAUCAUUGUAAUUAAUAAAGCAGCCAACAUCAGCAAAGGAUUAGAGAGGUUUUGCACUCUGCAUGGAUAUUGGCCCCAUCCUUUAGUCUGUUGAUUGUGGUUUCCUUCCAAAUACUCUUGUUUCAUAUGGGUUAUUUUGGCUGCACAUGGGACUGGUUAUAAAGAAGCUGACAUCCUUACAGUGGUGCUGCUGUGGGGCAAGGUUGAUUCCAGCAUCUGUCAACCACACAGGUUGUGCUUGCCCAUGUCCACCAAUUAUGAGUUAUCCACCUUGAGAAAUCCAGCUGUGGAGGUUGGUGCUUGAUUGCUCUGGUCUUGCCUCACACCCAGUCAAGAGAUGAACCAGGGAGAGCUUCCUGCUGCUUUUCUGUAUGCUCAGAACAGUGACUCAUGGAGAAACUGGUGGGUGGGCUCCAAGGGACAAUACUCCUUACUUUUGCAUCCUCUGAAAAUGAUGUUUAAGAGUAAAGCAUGUUUCCUGUUGAGUUCGCGGGGAGGAAUCGGUGCACUAUUAGAAUGUGAGGAAAUAUUGCAUUAGAACUUUGGGAUUUCUGCCGGAUGAGAUGCCCCAGAAUUAAAUGCACAUCUCCAUCCAGACAGUGAACUUCCAUUUGGGAUUCCUCCCACCACCCCUGCUAAUAGUCAAGAUGGGUGGUGGAAUUCCUAUCAGUAUGGAAGUGAGACAUUAUAGGACCACCCAAAACAAGGGCCAGGGUUCUCCAUACUUGUGGACUUACAGGACAUACAUAGAAGUGUAGAUUUGUAAAUGAAAACACCAAAGACCCCAAAACAACUCUGAACUUCCAAGAUGUUGAUGGGGCGGGGGUGGAAGUUGGAUGGAUAGCAAUUGGUCUUCUCAAGCCCCUAACAGGCUGCAGCAAGUAUCCUAGAGGGAGUGAUUGGUACUAGGAUGAAGAGAGAAAGUACCGUAUUUUUCUCUCUAUAAGAUGCACCAGACCACAAGACGCACCUAGUUUUUGGAGGAGGAAAACAAGAAAAAAAAUAUUCUGAAUCUCAGAAGCCAGAACAGCAAGAGGGAUCGCUGCGCAGUGAAAGCAGCAAUCCCUCUUGCUGUUCUGGCUUCUGGGAUAGCUGCACAGCCUGCAUUUGCUCCAUAAGAUGCACACACAUUUCCCUUUACUUUUUAGGAGGGAAAAAGUGAGUCUUAUAGAGCAAAAAAUACGGUAUCUAUUUGCAUAGAUAAACUCCCAGCUUCAGUCUCCUGGAUCUCCAGGUAUGACUGGAAGAGGUGCUGCUGGUCAGUAUAAAAUUAUGGAGAUAGAUGGACCAGUGACCUGGCUCAGGAUAAGGCAGCUUCCUCUGUUCCUAAGAAACACAGUGACGAGCUUCUUUCAUUUCCCUUAAAGAAUAAGUGCUGCUGAAGCAAAAUGGCCUGUUUUAUUAAGAAAACAAGGCGAAAGCAAGUUCUUAAAAUAGCGAUCUGCAGUCGUAUUGCUUUUCUGCAGUUGUAUGGAUUUUUAAAAAUCUCUCAUACAACGCAGAAACCAAAUGUGUCAGAACUUAGCAAGUGCCUCAGAGUGGGAGGAGUAAAUGAAAUGCUACCCCUAAAGUUGUUAAAAAACAAACAAACUGCACAUCUUCUCUGAAGAACACAGGAAAGUUCAGGAGGGGGAAAAGGGGAAAUGACAACUUUUCCCCUUCCCACUCUCCAGAAACCUCCCUAUUCUGAUAUGUAAAAAUCCUGGAAGGGUAUUAGGGAUGGAAGGAUGUGUGUCAUGAAGUUAAAAAUAUAUAUAUCUUCAUGUUAUUUAGGGAGGCUUCAGGAGAUGGGAAAGGAAAAAGAAAACCUAUUUUCUCAUUCUCCAGAAAGUUCAUCCAGCAUAGUGAUUCAGUGACUCUUUAGAUAUAACUGGACUACAAUGCCCAUCAUCCCUGACUGUUGGCCAUGCUGAUGGGAGCUGUAGUCCAACAACAUCUGUAAGGCCACAAGUUUCUCCUUCCCUGCUACAUAGCAAUAAAGUGCUCAAGUUUAGGUCUAGCAGUCAGCCUGAACCCAUUUGCCUCUGUACAGCCCAGCGAACGAAAGCUUGAGUUUGGGAAGACAAGCAGACAUCCUUUCCCCCUUUCUCUUGUCCUGAAACCUCACUUCCCUCUGUGAGCCCUGAAGAGCACUAUGAAAUUACUUGCCACAUCACUGAACAGGAGCACUUCUUAGAUGCUGGGGACACACUGUAAUAUUUUGAUGCAUCGUGACACAGAUGCAUUGCGCAUCAACAUUCCGUUUUGCUUCUGCGGCAACGUGGUGUUGAUAUCUUCAUCUCGCACGUGUAGAAAGUACGUAGGUCUGCAUGCACAAUUCUUUUGUUGGAUUGGACCACUCUACCCAGAGUGAACUGGGGGAAAUGUGUUCGGUUGAGAAAUGUAUUAUAUCACGAUCUCAUUUUUCACUCUCUGAUGUAUUUCCAAAAAUAGUUACUUUCAAGUUUUGUUGACUAGUGGACUCGAAUACAUAGAUCUCUUCUGUUGGAACCAGUUCACCUCUAUCUUUAGAGUAUCAGUUUGCUGUUCUCCUGCUAUAUAUCAUGGCGGGUAUAUCAUCUUCCUCUAAUAAUCAGGAAAACAACUGCCAAAGAGUAAAAGCUUUAUAAGCUGGAAUUUGCCCUAUCGCUGAAACCAAAAGUACACGAUUACUUGUGGAGAAAACUGAUAAGGAGUAAUAUUUUCUUGGUGUCCAAGUUACAAAGAAUGAAGUGAAACAGAGCAUUGUUUCUAGAGAAAGUAGACCAGGGCGGACUUGGAUUUUACUUUUUACUUUUUGUGUGUGUGUUGUGAUCCUUUAUAUAUUGGUUUGGAAGGCAGGAAGCCCGCUAAGCAAGAAAGAUGGACUUACUCAGAGAAGAAUUUGGUGGAGACAUUCAGACGCUCUUGAUCUGAGAUUUGGCUUUAUUAGUAUGCCCACCUAACAAAGCAAAAACAUGAAACUUGGAAUUUUAGGUAGCUUGACGAUGUUCCCUUUUUUUUUUACAAAAGUGUGGGGAUCAUUUUCAUCCUCUUGGAUACAAUGCUGUGCUGUGCUUUGGUUGUCUUUCGCUUUGGCUUAGUCCUUCGCUAAGGUGGCAAGUCUGUGUCUGGAAGCUCAGUGAGCUGGGAUAGCUCAGUUGGUUAGAGCAUGGUGUUGGUAACGUGAAGGUUGCAGGUUCGAUCCCUGUAUGGGACAGCUGUAUAUUCCUGCAUUGCAGGGAUAGACUGGUCCUCAGGGUCCCUUCUAAUGCUUCUAUGAGUCAAAGAGUUUGAAAGAAGCAUGGACAGGGUGACAGCAAGACUGAUCAAUUCAGUAACAAACUCCCCCAACUGAGUUGUUUAGAUACAAUAAAUUCAAUAACUGACCAUUAACUGCCCUCUAAUGGUGCCCCAGAUUUGCUGCCUAAAGCAAUUGCUUCACUCAGCCCUCACAGAAGCAGAAGCAGAGCCUUGUAUCAAAGGGCUUUCUGACUGAUAAGUGCUAUCUGGCCUGGGCAAAGGUGUAGCAAUAGUUGUGUCAGCUGCUUUUAUUGCCCUUGUUCCCAUGAACCCUCCUCAUCUAAUUAUUCAAUUUGCAAUGGAAAACCUUUGAGUUCUUCUUGGGGUAGGCUGAUAUCAAUUCUUCCUCUCCAUCCCCCCACUCCACCCCGAAAAAAGAAAUUGGAUUAAAGGCUAUAUUUGGCUUUAAUCAGCAUCAAUUCUCUGUUAGCUUUGUGGGGUAAAAUUUGCUUUGCUCAUAGAUCUGGGAAGCCAAUGAAAAGUCUACUGCAGUUAACCUGUAAGAGGUAGAAGUCCUCACUUCCUGUUGUUUGAAAAGUUCAAUUAGCAGGCUCUGCUUUUUUAUGAAUGGCAAGUUGUUUCUUUGCUGUGAUGGGGGCUGGCACAGAAUUCACAGGGUUGGCUUAAAAUGACACCGAAAAAUGCUUACAAUUCAUUUCGUGAACUUUUGAGAUUCAUUGGGGGUUGCUAACUGAUCCCCAGCAGCUAUCAGCUAGGAGACACCUUGCAGUUGUUGCUAGCCUGACACGGCUGCUUGGAUCAACAGAGCCACACAACACACCAUUUUGGGACCUCUAGAAGCUGUCUCUGUUUCAGCACUGGGAGAGGGGAAGGAAAGCAUUGAAGUCCUGGCUGGUGGAAGGCAGAUAAACUUUCAGGUUUCCCUUCUGGUCCUAAAAGAAGGGAGUUUUGUUUUUUUAAAAAAAAUUAUUUAACAUAAUUGUUACAAAGUAUAAGCAGAAUAUGGCAAAUACAUACACAUACAGUGGUACCUUGGGUUACAUACUGUGAUGGGAUGAGGAGCUGCUUGUGCGUAAAAUAGUAUCCCCUCAGAGUUUGUUCAAGUCCACAAACCUCUGUCUGUGACGGAGCCCCUCAGACAUGGCUCCUCUAGUCGCUAGCAGAUUCCGACAGUGGUUGCUUUCGGAAUCGCUUCCAACAUAAAAGCUCCUUAACGGAAACACGUCUUCUGGACUCUCUGCGUGACAGUUUCCGGCGAGGAGUGGGUGUUCCUACAGGAGGUCCUGAAACCUCCCCACUGUUUUCGCUGGAAGUGUCUCUGAGUCAUCCCUCCAGCUCACUUUCCCUCAGCUCAGCUCCUCUCCCCCUACUGGUUCCCUCUUCAGCUGCUGAGUCUCUCCCAACCUGUGUGAGCCCUUUCACCUCCCUUCCUUCCGAUGGCAGUUCCCUGACAUCCACCUCCCCUCCAGGGCCCCUUUCACCCCCUCUCACCCCCUCCUCUACGGGCGGUGAGGAGGCAAAACCCCGGAAUGAACUUCCUUCAUCUUCCGAUGUCUCGAACACUUCUCUCCACCUGUUGCGGUUCCUGGUCUCGAAGUACUCCUCCUCCUCAGAGUCCAUCUCCCUUUCCCCUUCCGAGUCCGGGAAUCCUUCCAACUCCUCCUCCUCAUCAGUGGUCCCAAAGUAUUCCCUCCGGAACCUCUCCACAGGCUGAGGUUUCCUUGGGAACCUUUGAUGGAACGUUUCUAUCAAUACCUCGUCAUUGAUAUCUUCGGCCAUUACCCAAGUGUUUUCUGACUCCGGUUCUCCUUCCCACGCUACCAAAUACUCCACCUGAUCCCCCUUCCACCUGGCGUCGAGGAUUUCUGCCACAUGGCUGCUGCAUUCUCUUUCUUCUAUGACCGGUCCCCGGUGGCCAUCCCUUCUCGUCCCCCUUCGUACGGUGACAGUAACGACCUGUGAAAUACUGGGUGCAGUUUCAUGUGGUUGGGUAACCGGAGCCUGAAAGCCACUGGGUUGACCUGUUGAAUGACCUCAAAGGGACCCAACCUCCUGGGUCUUAAUUUCUUACAACCUCCUUUGAACGGCAGCCCUUGGGUUGACAGCCACACCCUAUCUCCCACCCUUAUGGUUUCACCUUCCCUUCGGUUCUUGUCUGCCUGCCUCUUGUAUUCUUCCUUCGCCCUUUCUAAGUUGAGUUGGAGCUGACGAUGGAUUGCUUCCAUUUCUUCCACAAAAUGCUCGGCUGCCGGGACGCUCCAUCUCUCCCCAUCUCCCCUGGGAAAGCCCUGGGAUGACACCCAUAAUUAGCCAAGAAGGGGCUCAUCCCUGUGGACACAUUCUCGGCAUUGUUGUAGGCAAAUUCCGCCAGCGCCAACUUUUCUACCCAGUCAUUCUCUCUGUCAUUGACAUAACACCUCAAGUAUUGCUGGAGGACACCGUUUGCUCUUUCCGCCUGCCCGUUGGUUUCAGGGUGCCGGGCAGUCGAAAAAUUGACCUCCACCUGCAGUAAGCUCAUGAGCUUCCUCCAGAACCUGGAAGUAAAUUGUUUUCCUCGGUCUGAGACCACCCUCAAUGGCACCCCGUGCAACCUAAAAAUGUGUUCUACAAAUAACUUCGCUGUCUCUUCCGCCGUGACUGCAUGCGAGCAAGCUACAAAGUGGCACAUCUUUGUUAGUAGGUCUACCACCACCAUGAUGGCUGUUUUCCCUUUGGACUUCGGCAGAUCAGUCAUAAAAUCUAUCGACACUGCCUCCCAAGGUCGUUCUGGGGUUGGUAAGGGUUCUAAUAGCCCCGCCGGCGCCCGCCUUUCCCCUUUGGCCCGCUGGCAUUGCUCGCACCCUCUUACAUACUCACGUACAUCUUCCCUCACCUUAGGCCACCAAAAUUCCCUGGUGACCAACCACAUGGUUUUGUGUUGUCCAAAAUGCCCCGCCGUAGGGCUGUCGUGCAACUGCUUGAGUACCCUCCCCUUAAGUCUCCUUCAGGGAUAUACAGUGCCCCUUUGUAAUACAAAGCUCCAUUUCUUUCCUCGAAACCCCUGGUUCCUCUCCCUCACCCCUAAGACCUCUGAGCUUAUUCUGGGCGUAUUCAUCAUUCUCUGUUUCCUCUACCAGUUCUCUUUGUCCCACCAAUGCCGCCCCACACACCCAGCGGUCCUCUGGAAUGACAUGUCUCUCUUCGGGUGCUCCCUCCCCUUCCAAAUAUUCAGGUUUGCGUGAGAGAGCGUCCGCCCUAAUGUUCUCUGGGCCUGGCACGUAACCAAUCUCAAAGUUAAAUUUGGAGAACUCCUGGGCCCAUCUCACUUGCCGUUGGUUGAGCACUCGUGCCGUCCUCCAAUACUCUAGGUUCUUGUGGUCAGUGCACACUUGCACCUUAUGUUGUGCGCCAAUUAGCAGGUGCCUCCAUCUCCGGAACGCCUCAUGAAUGGCUAGUAGUUCUCGGUCAUACACCGUGUAGUUCCUCUCGGAUUUGUUCAGCUUUCGCGAAAAAAGCACACGGUCUCCACUCUGACUCCUCCUUCCCUGGCUGCAGAAGCACCGCCCCAAUCGCUCUGUCUGAUGCGUCAGUUUCCACUCUCAUCGGUUUUUGUAAAUCCACAUGCAGGAUUUGUUGUUCCGAGGCGAAGGCCCUUUUAGUUCCUCAAAUGCUCGCUCCGCCUCCUCAGUCCAAACGAACUUCUUCUUACUGCUGAGACAGUCCGUAAUGGGCGCCGUCAGGUGGGCAAAGUUUCGGAUGAACUUACGAUAGAAGUUCCCAAAUCCUAGGAACCUCUGCACAUCCUUCCUUGUUUUGGGUGUUCUCCAUUCCAGCACCGCCUGGACCUUGCCGGGAUCCAUGGCCAAUCCCUUGUCUGACAGGCGAUACCCCAGGAAUUCCACCUCCUUGGUAUGAAACUGACACUUCUCCAGUUUCACCCACAGCUGGUUGGCUUGCAGCCUGCUCAACACUUCCCUGACGUCUUUCACAUGCUGCUCCUCAUUCUCAGAAUACACCAACACGUCGUCUAAGAAGGCCACACAAUUCUUGUAAAGCAAAGGCCCCAGGACGUGGUUCAUAAACGAUUGAAAGGUUGCGGAGCCUGCUUGUAGGCCGAAGGGCAUAACCAAAUAUUCAAAUGCCCCUAAAGGGGUGAACAUGGUGGUUUUCCAUUCAUCCCCCUUCCUUAUUCGUAUCAGGUUGUACGCCCCCCUUAGGUCCAGCUUUGUGAAAAUCUUUCCCUUCCGCACCCUUGUCAAAAUGUUGUCAAUCCUGGGCAUAGGGAAGGCCACUGGUUCUGACACUGCAUUUAAGGCCCUGAAGUCACACACCAGCCUCGGCUUGUUCGUGUUUUUCUUAUCCACAAAAACACUGGGCUGCCCCCACCGCCCUGGACUCUCUGAUGAACCCUCUCUUCAGGUUCUUGUCAAUGAACUCUCUUAGCUCCUGCAUCUCUCUGUCUGACAUGGCGUACAGCUUGCCUACAGGGAGCUGUGCCCCAGGGAGUAAAUUGAUUUGACAGUCAAAGGGUCUAUGCGGGGGUAGUUGGUCAGCUUCCCUUUCGCUGAAGACGUCGCGGAGAUCUGCGUAUUGUCGUGGUACCUUCACGUUCUCCGUUACUUCAGUCCCUGCUAGGGUGGCUUGGGCACCUGCCAAACCCUUUCCCUCUUUGCAGUGUUCUAAGCAAUGUGCUGAACCAAAAGAAACCACUCUCUGAUGCCAGCCCACCAGCGGAUCAUGUAACGCUAGCCAGCUCAUCCCCAAUAUAAUGGGAGCUCCUCCCAAGGUGGCCACAUUAAACGAUAUCAGUUCGGUGUGCCUUGCCACCUUCAUUAUCAUUGGGACGGUCUGCAAGCUGACUUCUCCUCCCAACAGCUCCCUGCCAUCGAUCGUGGUCACCUGCAGGGGGUUGCUUAAAGGGAUCGUCUGUAUCUGGUGUUCAGCUGCAAACUCUUUGCUCAUGAAAUUGCAGGAGCUGCCUGAGUCCAACAGCGCCUUUAUCUUUAGAGGGUGUCCGUUUGGCAGCUCUAGCGCCACUUCUAUCACUAGGGCGGGUUUAGGAGGUUCUGGCGUGGGCACUCUCACUGCUCUUUGGCCUGGCUGCUGUGCCCCGACGGUGGCAGCCAGGCGUUGGCUUUACUUGCUCCGGUAUUUCUUCCUCUCUUCCCUCCACAGCUCCUACCAUCCCUUGCCAUUCCUUCCUCUGGGGGCAGACUCUGGCAAAGUGACCUGGCUGUUGGCAGAGAUAGCAUUUCCGGGCGCGUUUUCCCUCCUUCUUUCCCCCUCACUGGGCUUUGAAACUGCGCGCGCGCGCUGUUCCGAUUUCCAUCGGCUCUGCCGGCGGGAAAGUUGGCUCUGGAAUGUCUGGAAUGCGGAACUCCUUCCAACGUUCCCCCUUCCCUUCCCGCCUCUCCAAUGCUCUCGCCUCCUGGCGCGCUCCUAUGGUCAGCGCUGAUUUGGUCAGCUGGUCCAUAGACUGUCGGAAUGCUGUGAUGGGAUGAGGAGCUGCUUGUGCGUAAAAUAGUAUCCCCUCAGAGUUUGUUCAAGUCCACAAACCUCUGUCUGUGACGGAGCCCCUCAGACAUGGCUCCUCUAGUCGCUAGCAGAUUCCGACAGUGGUUGCUUUCGGAAUCGCUUCCAACAUAAAAGCUCCUUAACGGAAACACGUCUUCUGGACUCUCUGCGUGACAGUUUCCGGCGAGGAGUGGGUGUUCCUACAGGAGGUCCUGAAACCUCCCCACUGUUUUCGCUGGAAGUGUCUCUGAGCCAUCCCUCCAGCUCACUUUCCCUCAGCUCAGCUCCUCUCCCCCUACUGGUUCCCUCUUCAGCUGCUGAGUCUCUCCCAACCUGUGUGAGCCCUUUCACCUCCCUUCCUUCCGAUGGCAGUUCCCUGACACAUACGCUUCAGGUUACAGACGUUUCAGGUUACAGACUCCGCUAACCCAGAAAUAGUGCUUCAGGUUAAGAACGUUGCUUCAGGAUAAGAACAGAAAUCGGGCUCUGGCGGCAUGGCGGCAGCAGGUGGCCCCAUUAGCUAAAGUGGUGCUUCAGGUUAAGAACAGUUUCAGGUUAAGAACGGACCUCCGGAACGAAUUAAAUACUUAAGCCGAGGUACCACUGUAUAUUUCAAAUAAGCACAUAUAUAUGAAAAAGGAACAAAAGAGAAAAGAAAAAAGAAAAAGAAAAAAUAAAGAGGAAAAAAAGAAGAAGAAAAGUUGGAAGAAUUUCUUCCAAGUUUAUUCUACAAAUAUCUCAAUAUGAAAAUAAUAAUAAAAUUUCAUUGAUUGACUUCCCUCACUUACACUGCACUUCCUAUAUACAUUUCAAGCAAGAAAUCUGUUAUUCCGUAUUUUUCCCAUACAAUCUCACACAAAUAUUCUAAUCAAUAAGUUUUCUAAAUCUUUCAUAAAUCUAUUCUAAACACAACCAAUAACUUACAUUUAAUCCUUGUCUACAUAAACAAUCCAGAGGUUUUAAACAGCACCAGAUUUAGGACAUUGAGGGUGGUUCUGCCACACAGGGUACUGAACUGAGGGGGUGCAAAAUUGAGAAGAUCCAUUUGGGGACACCAAAUUUUGGGCUCAUGUUCUGAGGCGCCAUAUUACGAAAGUUCACCCCUGCUUCAAAACCGGGGGCUGGAGUCUACACACCCGAGCUGCCCAGUUGUGUGUGUGUUUGUUUAGUAAUACUCGUGUGAACCUUCUAACAUGUUCACUGAACAUCUGAGAGGGUAGCAGGCCUCCCGUUAGAGCUCAAGGCUAGGUCACACUCCUAUUUGCUGUGCACAGACUGCAUUUGCAGUCCUGGGUUUUUAAUCUAUGUUCACACAACAUCAUCCAAAGUGCAAGUGUAUCCUGGACUUUGUUAUGGGUUGUUUCUCAAACCAGCUUCACACCAGCUGGAGUCCUUAAGUCAUUUAUCUUGAGACAAGGUGUGAACACCUUUACAAAAUGGUAGACACCUCUGCCUAUUGGUGCCUCCUCGUGUGUGCACAAACAGAAAUGAACUGAAGCCAGGCUGGUGUGAGCAGCUUGGGGAGGAAAGAGCCGUGAAAUGAAGGUGGAGGAGGGACUUCAGAGUGCUCUAAGGUGGUAAUGUGAGUACACUCCAAGUGGAUUCUGAUAUAAUACCAAACUGGUAGGUGAGUGAUCCUUUCUUUUGAUAAUCAUUUUUAUUAGCUUUUAAUUACAAUCCAAAGGUAGGUGAGUGACCGUUGGGCUCACCUGCUGCAAAUUGUCUGGAGGCGGUUGGAGGAUGGAUGGCGGCUAACAGAUUGAGGUUGAACCCUAACAAGACAGAAGUACUGUUUUUGGGGGACAGGAGGCGGGCAGGUGUGGAAGACUCCCUGGUCCUGAAUGGGGUAACUGUGCCCCUGAAGGGCCAGGUGCGCAGCCUGGGAGUCAUUCUGGACUCACAGCUGUCCAUGGAGGCACAGGUCAAAUCUGUGUCCAGGGCAGCUGUUUACCAGCUCCAUCUGGUACGUAGGCUGAGACCCUACCUGCCCACGGACUGUCUUGUCAGAGUGGUGCAUGCUCUGGUUAUCUCUCGCUUGGACUACUGCAAUGCGCUCUAUGUGGGGCUACCUUUGAAGGUGACUCGGAAACUACAACUAAUCCAGAAUGCGGCAGCUAGACUGGUGACUGGGAGCGGCCGCCGAGACCAUAUAACACUGGUCUUUCCAAGCACAAUUCAAAGUCUUGGUGCUGUCCUUUAAAGCCCUAAACGGCCUCGGUCCAGUAUACCUGAAGGAGCGUCUCCACUUCCAUUGUUCUGCCCGGACACAGGUCCAGCGCCAAGGGCCUUCUGGUGGUUCCCUCGUUACGAGAGGCCAAGUUACAGGGAACCAGGCAGAGGGCCUUCUCGGUAGUGGCACCCACCCUAUGGAACGCCCUCCCAUCAGAUGUCAAAGAGAAAAAUAACUACCAAACUUUUAGAAGACAUCUGAAGGCAGCCCUGUUUAGGGAAGCUUUUAAUGUUUAAUAGGUUAUUGUAUUUUAGUGUUUUGUUGGAAGCCACCCAGAGUGGCUGGGAAAACCCAGCCAGAUGGGCAGGGUAUAAAUAAUAAAUUAUUAUAUAUUAUUCUAAAUUCUUCCUUUCUUCCUUACAGUUUGAGCAGGGAAACUUGGAAAUCAGCAUGAAACUGUGGCUCCCAAUCCUAAUAUACAAUGGUCAGCACAAGCCACAGUUUGCCAGUUUAGACAAAAUGGUAAACUGUGGUUUGUCUCAAAAGUCAGAAAGGGAUUAAGGGAACUGCAGUGUGCCAUGGGAGAAGGGAGUGUGUUAGUCAAAGAGUCCUUUGAGUUUCAUCUGUGGAGUGCCACAGAUGUUUCGACAAAAUGUCUGAACCGACUCUCCCUAAUGUUGAAGGAUGUGGUGCUCAACAGGCACGGAAAUUUAACUUUGGCUUCUGCUAGGGUGUUGGAUGUGGGAGGCGUUUUAUUAAGCGUACUCUCUGACUCUAGUUGAUACAGAUAAUAACGGUAAUUUUCACAGUGACAGACAUUGCUUGGUUUAUGGCGUAAUGACUGUGGGAGUGUAUAGUUCUUGUUUUUGAAAGUUUUGCUGGGAGAAUUGAACUGUAAAGGUAAACAAUAUCAAUUCACUGGUGAGAACUUGUGGAAUCUGGCCACCUUGAAUACGUCACCAUGAACAACAAGCCGGGUUGAGAGCUCUGCACUCCUUAGGGAUGGGUGCCGAGCCCAGACUGUGGCUGACUCCUUAGCAACUCUCAUAAACAGAGAUGAUUUCACACAAGUUGUGGUCAAUUUUGAGAGUCUCUAUUUGCCUUUCCUCCCCUGACUUUGCUUUUUGAGAUAAAGCAGCCUAUGACUAAAUGAUAAAGCCUUUAUUAAAGAUGGAGCAGAAACCCGUUAAUACUACUAUUUCUCUUUUUCAGAGAGAGAGAGAGAGAGAGAGAGGGGGGGGGGGCAAGGCCCUGUCAAGGACCUUUAAGGUUAAUGUCAAUCAUUGGUCACACCCAAACCAUAUAUUUAAAGAACUCUUAUGCCUUUUUAACAGUCAUAGGAAUCCUGGGAACUGUAGCUUGUUGCUUAGUGUUGUAACCCCCUCACAGAGCUACAGUUCUCAGCAGCGCCCUUAACAAACUACAAUUCCCAAGAUCCUUUUGAGGAAGCCAUGACCACUGAAGUGGUAUAAAACUGCUUUCAAUAUAUGGCGCUUUUGUAAAUUCCAGAGGCUUUGUGUCUGCCUGUGCAAUACCUGAUCACUCCUUGGGGUGAAUAUCUGAAUUUGUGUGGCUUCCUGUUUCCUGGCCUGACCAGACUAGACUUUUUUAAUAUUCUUUUUCCUUUGGUUAUUGAUUAUGUGCAUUUUUUAGCAGUUGACCCACAGAUGUGGAAUGUGAUUCGACCACUGUUUUUUUAUAUAUAGAAAAAGGGUGCCAGUACUCACCAUAAAGUUGUUACAGUUUAAAUGCCACACUUUUAACUUUUGGGGUGAAAAGGUUCUGAUAUUGAGUACACCCAGAAAGAAAGCCUUGGGUUCCACAGGAUAUCAGACAAGCCCCAUGCUUUGUGAGUUUCAGAUGCUCUGAAGACUUACCUCUUCCCUGCAACUUUUAGCAACCCAUAUCAUCUGAAUUGCCGAAUUGUUAUCUGAACCUUAUUUUCAUAGUUUAGUCCUAUGGUGCUGUUUUCAUGUUGACACUCUUGUGUUUGAGAUCCAGUGGUACCUCUGGUUACAUACUUAAUCCGUUCCAGAGGUCCGUUCUUAACCUGAAACUGUUCUUAACCUGAAGCACCACUUUAGUUAAUGGGGCCUCCUGCUGCUGCCAUGCGAUUUCUGUUCUCAUCCUGAAGCAAAGUUCUUAACCUGCGGUACUAUUUCUGGGUUAGCGGAGUCUCUAACCUGAAGCGUAUGUAACCCGAGGUACCACUGUACUGUUUUUGUGGUGUUUUUACAUGGCUUUAAAUGGUGUUUUAUUGUGUGUCCGGUGCUGGUUUUCUAACCCACUUCAUGAACCUGUGUGUGUGUGUGUGUGUGUGUGUGUGUCUUGGAAAGUGGUAUACAAAUUUGUUAAAUGAAGAAACAGAAAAUGAGUGGGAGGGUGAGGGUUUUUUGAGUGGGGCAAUGCCCAAAGAGGAGAGGAAGGUGUUAAAACAACUCCUUGUCCCUAUAUUUCUUUUGCCAAGGCUUGCAGCCUACGAAGGCUGAGGUGGACAAAACAAGAGUAGGAAAAGUAACAUGCAACCGGCAUGCAAUGUCUAGUGUUCUCCUUGACUUCUUAAGGCCCCUGUCAAGCACAGUGAAUGAUUGCUUAUCUUCAAAUGGCUUUUCAGUGGGCAGCAUGCCCAGGCUGGAGCCAGUCAGGAUGAUGGUUCAUUUUAAUUGAAUGAUGUGGUCAUGUCCAUUAAGGAGUUCUGCACUGGGGACAAUUAAGCAGGAGGGAGGAGGGAGGCCAAACAUUUGGUGCAUAUUUCUUUCUGUUCCGGGAUGCAAAUUGUUUUGCCAUAAUAGCUGUGCUCAAGAGUCUUCCGAAUGAGGAUUACUAGAUUCUUCUUCUUCUUUAGACUCGCUUGUACGUACAUGUUUAUCGCUUGGUGAUUUGUGUGUGUGAAUGAAUCAUCUCAGAUUAAUUGCUAGAGGUGAAGAUUUCACUCGGCUUGCUUCAGGUCAAACUCGGGGCUUUCCAUGGGAAUCAGUCACUGAAAUAUGCUCAGAGUCGAGAGUGGAUUUCAUGCUCUUUAUUCAGCUCAUAGUGGUGAGGAGGAAUGGAAGUUCCCCCAGAAUGUCUGCUUUAUAUACAAUAUUUACACAAUGGGCCCCAUGUGAUUGGCUAAUUCCGGGAUUCUACUGUAGGCCAAUCAGGUUGCGGAUUCCCUUCCACCUGGAGCUGGAUUGGGUGGCUCCUGUGGACCAAUCAGACUACUGCAUUCUGGACCCUAUUGUUCUAGGACCAAUCAGACUGCUGCAUUCUGAAUCCUAUUGUUCUAGGACCAAUUAGACUGCUGCCUUUUGGAUCCUAUUCAACUCAGUACAUAACAGUCACUCAUUCAGUCUUGUGCUGAUGGGUAAACUGAGAGAGGGUUGUUAGGAAGACCCUUAUUCGCCUCACAGAGCUACAAUUCUUACAAAGUGGAGGAACAGGGUUUUCCUAACUCGCAACAACUUUAACAAACUAGACUUCUUUCCCAUCCUUCUCAUUAUACUGUAAUAUAUUGAUGAACACUUUUAUUAUGAAAAUAAUGUUGUCUUGUCUUUUCUUCUUUGGAUUUUUAAAUUUUGUAUCUUUGUGAUUUCUUUAUUUUUUCUUUUCCUUUUCUUAUUGCUUUAGAAAUUUUCUAUUUACUACCUAAUUUUCUUUUUCUUCAUAUUUAAAGAGAUAGCACAUAAUAUUUGUAUAGGUAUGUAAAUUUUUAAUCAAUAAAGAAUAAAGAAUAAUAUUAAACAAAACAAACAAACUAGACUUCUUGGGAUUCUUUGCAGGAAGCCAUGACAGUUUAAAGUGAUAUAAUACUGCUUUAAACGUAUGUUGCAUAUGGGUACAAGCCUUUCUCUUAAUGUCCUCUUAGACCUAGAGAAAGGAUCUUGGGAGGAAAAUGUCAGCCGAAUCUCACCUGCCCCCAAGGAAGAUUUUUAUCUGAAACCUGCUGUUUUUAACGAAUGAUUUCUCUAAUGGAAUAACAGCUUCUCCUUAGUGCCAGCUUCAAGUUUGCCUUUUUCUUGUUGUGUUGGUGCUGAUUUCACCCCGCCUUCUCGCUCCCUUUGCAAUGAGUGUUCAGUCAGCAUGUUUGAAAAAGGAGAUCAGAUAGUGGACCUCCCUAUCAACAUUGACUUGCAGUUCAUUUUCCACAUACACAGCAUGAAACUGGUCAUAAGGAGCCUUUUCCUGACACAGCUUGAUCAAGUGGGAGUUUGCCAGGCCUCCAUCGCUUGUUGCAAAAUAAGAAGGCUGGCCGUUAUCAUCUGCAAGAUGGCUGAUGUCAAGCAGUUACGCUCAGAAACGUCUCCAAAUUUCAAAAUGUUAUCGACAUGACUAAUAAAUUGGAACCACUGCAGGUUUUCUCCCCAAGGAGGUGACUUUUGCAAAAGAAAUUCUCAGCUGCAGAUGAACAAGGCCUCUUGCAAUUGGGAAGAAAUUCAGCCAGCCUUUUGAUAUCAUUGCCAACAUGCUCCUCACUUCGGAAAACAGCAAUAAGUUCCAGGGCCAGCGUUGCACGUUUCCGUUUCCUUUUGUGUGAGCGAGCACCAGAGGCUAAUGGAGGAGCUUUGUAAUACAGUAGUUGUCUAAUUUGCAACAAAAUAAUCAGAUUACGGUAGAGGCAAAUGCACUUCUACAGUGCAGCUGCUAAUAAUUCUGUUUCAGGCCCGCCAUGGAGAGCUACCGUUGUUCCGGAGAAUAUGAAUCUCUUAAUUCUGUGUCUGGUUCUGUUAUGUACUGAGUUGAAUAGGAUCCAAAAGGCAGCAGUCUGAUUGGUCCUAGAACAAUAGGAUUCAGAAUGCAGCAGUCUGAUUGGUCUGCAGGAGCCACCCAAUCCGGCUCCAGGUGGAAGUGAAUCCACAACCUGAUUGGCCUACAGGAGAAUUCCAGAAUUAGCCAAUCACGUGCAGCCCAUUGUGUAAAUAAUGUAUAUAAAGCAGAUACUUUGAGGGGACAUUCAUUCCUCCUCACCACUAUGAGCUGAAUAAAGAGCAUGAAAUCCACUCUCGACUCUGAGUAUGUAUCAGGUUCUUUUCCCAUUCAAAUUAUUUACACCCCACCAAAAGAAACAACAACUUCAAAGGACCCAAACCUCUGCAAGUAGAUUACCUGUUGAGUGGGGUGGGGGGAACCACGCUCUAACCAUGAGUUUCCAUUGAACCAUGAGUUUCUAUCAUACAAUCAUAAUGAAGUGUUAGUAAGUCUUCAUUACCCUAGUCAAAGGAUGGUUUCCCAGCAUCCUUAAGUAAGGUAAAGGUAAAGGGACCCCUGACCAUUAGGUCCAGUCAUGACCGACUCUGGGGUUGCGGUGUUCAUCUCGCUUUACUGGCUGAGGGAGCUGGCGUACAGCUUCCAGGUCAUGUGGCCAGUAUUACUAAGCUGCUUCUGGCGAACCAGAGCAGCGCACGGAAAUGUCGUUUACCUUCCCGCCAGAGCUGUACCUAUUUAUCUACUUGUACUUUGACGUGCUUUCAAACUGCUAGGUUGGCAGAAGCAGGGACCGAGCAACGGGAGCUCACCCUGUCGGGGGGAUUCGAACCGCCGACCUUCUGAUCCGCAGGUCCUAGGCUCUGUGGUUUAACCCACAGCACCACCCAUCACCCACCCACACAUAUAUACACAUACAUAUAUACAUAUACAUACAUACACACACACACACACACACAUGGAAAUUGACUUCCCUUCCACUCCUUCUAUGGUUCAUUUUCAUUUCCCACUAUUACUGCAUAUUCUGAUCCGACCACUUGAAAAUUUAAGGGGUGUGUGUGAGUCUCUCCAGACCACUUAAUAAUAUUUUUGUUUUGUUCUACAACUCAAAGCACAUACAGAACUCAUAUAUUAAUAACCUUAGGUUAAGGUUAUUAAUAUAUGAGUUCUGUAUGUGCUUUCUAAUAUAAUGGAUGUGCUUCUGGAUUAAAGGAUUAUAGGAAGGAUUAUAUUCUGGAUUAUGUGAAGAAAACCAAACCAUCAAAAUGUUUUUUCUUCAGCACCAGUAUCAUAACAAAAUUCUAGCACCAUAUCCUAGACCCUAGGCCAGACCACUGAGAAGAGCUUUUUUACUAAAUUCUCCAGGAGAAUUUACAAGUUGGGCGGUACCAGCACUGUGUUAUGUUAAUCACACAGGGUUGUGGUUAGCCUAUUUGAUAAUCUGGCACUGGUCAAAACAGCUUCGAUCUCUAUCAGGAAAAAAUCAAUACGUUCAAGGCCAAGUACAUAAAUCCUCGAAUGUUCCACUGCCUUAUUAGUUGUUUUGCUUCUCCAGUACUACCACAUUACUGCUGUCUGGAGGGAGCCAUAGCACACCAAAAGUGGGUAAAAAAAAAUCACACACCCCAAAACCCACCAGGACAUUUGUGUGGAAAAUUAUGGGAUUUCAGUUUGAGAACUUCUGAACCAGAAGUGUGAUGGGAUAGAGGGAAAGGGGACAGAUUAUUGGGAGCUGGAGAGGCAGAGCUGGAAUGAACCAUGUGUUGCCCCAUAGUAGUUGCAGUUUUUACGCAGGCUAGAGCUGAGACAAUGGCUAUUUAUGUUGCUCUCAUGGCUGCUGACGUGAAUAAACUCCUUUGUCAUAAAGUGUCUGUGUGUUUUUCCUUGCAAGGCUGAUGCUCUUAGCAUUCGUUGCUAAUUUACAAGCCCUGAAGAUGCUCAAGAACGAGCUUUUGGCAGUUGCUGAAUUCUGCAUCUUCUUCAGAUGAAAUCUCUCCCACCCCAAAACUGGGACCUGAACUGGGACGCCUCUGUUGGCCUACCAUUGACUCUGACAGAAAACAAGAUGCUCUUGUUUACAGGUUGCAGAUCUGCAACCUUGAUGUUGUUAUUGUGCUACCGCUCCCAUCGGCUCCUGCCAGCACAUUCAUGUUCCCCGGGGAUGAUGGAAGUUGUUGUCCGAAAGCACCUUGAGGGCAGCUGGCUGCUCUGGGCUGUGGCUCAGUUCCCAUGCAAAUAAACUGUUCUGAGAUCACUUUGGAUGACAGCCUGGCCUGGAUAUAAAUCGGUAAAUAUAUUCAAGCAAAAGGCUGGUAGAGAGGCAGCCAGCACAGUCAUGCUUUAAGAAAGGGAGAGAGAGGUUUGAUUACCGUAUUUUUCGCUCCAUAAGACGCACUUUUUUCCUCUUAAAAUCUGAGGGGAAAUGUCUGCGCUUCUUAUGGAGCGAAUGUGUGGUCCCUGGGGCUGGGGGGGGGGGGAAGCUGGGCUUCCCCCGCCAGCCCCACAAGCUCCUGAGCAGCCCUAGGGGUAGCCCACGAAGCCUCCGCAGGGCAGUGGGGAGCCUUCACCGCGCUGCCCUGGGGAGGCUUCGCGGGGCUAUCCCUGGCUUUUGCGGGAGGUGGGGGAAGGAACAGAGCGAGGCUCUCUCACUUCCCCCACUUCCCGCAAAAGCCCCCAAGAGCCGCGCUCCCUUUAAAGAGCUGCGCGGAGUGUGUGUGUGGCUCUUGGGGGCUUUUCCCCAAGGAGGGAGAAGCCUGCAAGCGCCGCACACACGCUCCACGCGGCUCAUGAAAGGGAGCGCUGAGCAGAGCCUGGGAUGCAUACAGGCUGUGCUCAGCGCUCCUUUAAAUAAUAUAUUUUUUCUUGAAUUCCCACCCCCACCCAAAAAAAAGUAGGUGUGCCUUAUGGUCAGGUGCGCCUUAUGGAGCGAAAAAUACGGUAAUCUAAAGAGGAAGCCUCUGGCUGGAAAGUGAAAAUGAUGGUGUUGCAAAUAUUGACAAGGCAAGAGUGGGAGGAGUGGCAGUCAGGGGUCCCUUCUAAGAUCAUGGGAGCAACCCUCAUCUUGCGGAUUUUUGAGCAACUGAGAGUUUCCAUCCUCGACCUCCACUCAUCAUUCCACUUGUAAAUACAGUGGUACCUCGGGUUAGGUACUUAAUUCGUUCCGGAGGUCCGUUCUUCACCUGAAACUGUUCUUAACCUGAAGCACCACUUUAACUAAUGGGGCCUCCUGCUGCUGCCGCACCACCAGAGCACGAUUUCUGUUCUCAUCCUGAAGCAAAGUUCUUAACGGCUUUGGUCCAGUAUAUCUGAAGGAGCGUUUCCACCCCCAUCGUUCUGCCCGGACACUGAGGUCCAGCACCGAGGGCCUUCUGGCGGUUCCCUCCCUGUGAGAAGCUAGGUUACAGGGAACCAGGCAGAGGGCCUUCUCGGUAGUGGCGCCCUCCCUGUGGAAUGCCCUCCCAUCGGAUGUCAAAGAGAACAACAACUACCAGACUUUUAGAAGACAUCUGAAGGCAGCCCUGUUUAGGGAAGCUUUCAAUGUUUGAUGUAUUUUAAUAUUUUUUGGGAAGCCGCCCAGAGUGGCUGGGGAAGCCCAGCCAGAUGGGCGGGGUAUAAAUAAUAAAUUAUUAUUAUUAUUAUUUAUUUAUUAUUAACCUGAGGUAAUAUUUCUGGGUUAGCGGAGUCUGUAACCUGAAGCGUAUGUAACCCGAGGUACCACUGUAAUAAUAAAAAAGCCAUCAGGUGCAUCUAUCACCUUCCGUUCCUACCUGUGCCCCUCAUUGAGCCAUCAGUGCACUAGCCUUGCUGCUGACUCAGUCUGUGUUCCCUCGCUUCCUGUUUCCCAGCUACCCAAGAGCCUGUGCCUAAGGAUGGAGGCAGGCAGACUUUCGUAACAACAAUGAGAGAUGACCUGGCAUCUGUCUCUGAUGGCAGGAUCACUUCCUGGUGGUAUUAACCACACACUGUGAAGUUGUUGUUGUUGUUAAAGAGGUCUUUGUGCAAGAACCCAUCAAAGCUUCAAUCCGACUAAAAUACUUAAGCCGUAUUCACAUCGUACAUAAGAUUGGCAUCUUGGCUGCCUCUUAGUGCAGACCCUAUGAGCUUUCAUAGCUGCCACCCACCAUAAACCACCAUUGGCAGGAUUGGCAGCAACAGCCUCAGAUACGGUCUAUGCUUGAGAUAACAUUUUACCCUCUGGUUAUUUAUGCUGUUUUAAAUGUGCAUUUUAUAUUUGACUUCUUUUAGGAAUUGUUUCUUUUGAAGUGUUUAAGAUAAUUUUUUUUUGUUAACUUUGAUGUGUUAAAUGUGCAUUCUGUGGUUGAGCUCCUUUGUAAUGUUUUAUUUAGAAAUCUUUAAGUUUCCUGUUGAUUACGUUGCUUUGAAUGUAUGUUAUUAUUAUUAUUAUUAUUAUUAUUAUUAGAUUUAUAUACCACCCUGUACCCGGAGGUCUCAGGGCAGUUCACAGAACAAAAGCAAAAUACAAAACCACAAAAUAUAUAAUCAAAAUAAAAACAACAAUUUGACUUUCAGCAGUGAUGCUUUAUCCUGGAUUGUUUUAUUCAAUGUUUUAAUUCAUUGUCAACUGCUUUGAGAUUGUUUUCUUAAAAAUAUAAAGUGGUAUAGAAAUGUGGUGGGGUUUUUUUGGGGGGGGGCGGAGUUUGAAACACCCAGUCAAGUGAUUCAACCCAAAGUGGCAGAAUUUGAGUUCCAGUCUUGCCUUCUGGGCUGACUUCCUGCCAAAUGAUGCUUCUUCCUUCCUCUGUAAUCCUUUCAGGGCAGGAAUCCAAAUGAAAGCACUCUUUGCCAUCUGGGGGUUUGGGAAUGCUAUGGAUUUCUGCCAGAGGGACCAGCUUGUCUGUUCCUAAUAGCCAUGCACUGAAGAUCUACAAGUGACUUAUUCUUUACCUCUGAGGAAAAGCUCUGUUAGAUGCUGAAGUCCGUUCCCUGCUGUUCGUGUAUUCUCCUCUCCUUUUUAUGAGAGGUGCUGCCGUAAUGUAGAGUAAAUGGUACACCUGGGGGCCAUUUGCUGAUAAACCUUUUGCUCCAGCUGCACCGAACAUUUAAAGCGGUACCAUACCUGUCAUGUUAUUUUUGUUCAGUCGUUUAGUCGUGUCCGACUCUUCGUGACCCCAUGGACCAGAGCACGCCAGGCACUCCCAUCUUCCACUGCCUCCCGCAGUUUGGUCAAACUCAUGCUGGUAGCUUCAAGAACACUGUCCAACCAUCUCGUCCUCUGUUGUCCCCUUCUCCUUGUGCCCUCCAUCUUUCCCAACAUCAGGGUCUUAUCCAGGGAGUCUUCUCUUCUCAUGAGGUGGCCAAAGUCUUGGAGCCUCAGCUUCAGGAUCUGUCCUUCCAGUGAGCACUCAGGGCUGAUUUCCUUAAGAAUGGAUAGGUUUCAUCUUCUUGCAGUCCAUGGGACUCUCAAGAGUCUCCUCCAGCAGCAUAUUUCAAAAGCAUCAAUUCUUCGGCGAUCAGCCUUCUUUAUGGUCCAGCUCUCACUUCCAUACAUCACUAAUACCUGUCAUAGCUUUCCUCAAAGAAUUCUGGGAACUGCAGUUUGCUGCUGAGAGUUGUCAGGAAGCCCCUAUUCCCCUCAGGGAGCUACAGUUGCCAGAGCAGUUUAACAAUCUCUUCCCAGGGAACUUUUGGAAUUGUAGCUCUUGUGAGGGGAAUUAUAGCUCACAACACCCUUCACGAACUACAGGCCCCAGGAAUCCUUGGAGGAAGCCAUGACAGUUUAAAGUGGUGUGAUACUGUGUAAGUCAAGGUUUCCCAAACUUGGCUUUCCAGUUGUUGUUGUUUUUGGACUACAACUCCCAUCACCCCUAGUAACCAGACCAGUGGUCAAGGAUGAUGGGAACUGUAGUCCCCCAAAAAUAGCUGGAGACCCAAGUUUGGGAAACACUGGUUUAAAUCUAUAGGACAAAUGUAACCUAGAAUCACAUCUGUAGCUCAAACCGCUUCAGUUUAUGGCUCUGCCAAUUUACGUAUUUGGCAACCGGGCACAAGGAGUCAGAUGAGCUCUGGUCUUAGAUUAAUCCUUAGCUGUUAAGGGAUUGAUUGUUCAGAACUGCUUUCUUUCAGUUUUCCAGCCACUGAGACAGGAUAGUUAGAAAUUGCAACAGCGCUCUGAAGCCUUGUGUCCUUUCUGAUAGCUACGAUACAGUAGAUUUGGCUCACAAUUGAAACAGUUUUGGAGUUGGAAUGUGGUCGGUGGGGAUAUGAGGUUCGCUUGAUUUUCCCUAAUCUCCAUCUUCUUUUAACAUUGUUUUACAAUCUCUCUGGUUUUCAAACACUAGAUUUUUGUCUACCCAAAAGUUCCCAAGGAAAGCUCUGCAAGUUAUCUUUUUGGAGCACAGAGCUACUUUCCCUUUUCCUUGACAUGCUUUUGAACUGCUAGGUUGGCAGGAGCAGGGACCAAGCAACGGGAGCUCACCCCGCCGCGGGGAUUCGAACCGCCGACCUUCUGAUUGGCAAGUCCUAGGCUCUGUGGUUUAACCCACAGCGCCACCUGCAUCCCUACUACCCCUCCCCUAAUACACUCCAUGCAUAGUAUAAGAGUUCACAUCUUAACUCAGGGGUGUCAAACUCAAAUUCAUCGGGGGCCGCAUCAGCAGUUUGGUCACCCUCAAAGGGCCAGUUGUAUCUGUAGGACUUACAGUACAGGAGAGAAGGGUUCAGGCAGCCGUUGGAUCUGUCACAUCACAGGAUGGCAUGCUCUCAAUAUAAAAACAAGUGGAGGUUUCCUGAAUGCAUGUAAAGUGGAGGUUUCCUGUGUAGAACGGCCGGCGCCGCUAGAGGGCAGACGUUCUCUGGCUUGUAGGCUGCCGCGCAUGCGCUGAAGAGGCGGCUUUCUUGUGUCAAAAGAAAAAAGCGAGAAUAAAAGGUGAAGGGUGGUGGCCGGCGGCGGCUACACGGGCCACAUGACGAGGUCUGGCGGGCCGGAUUCGGCUCGCGGGCCUUGUGUUUGACACCCGUGUCUUAACUGCUUAGAAAUGCAUUGGUCAGUUGGGCUUUUGUUUUAUUGUUUGUGUUUUGAAGUUUGAAAGUUUGCAGCAUGCAUUGGUCAGUUGGGCUUUUGUUUUAUUGUUUGUGUUUUGAAGUUUGAAAGCAGUACCUCAGAGGUGAUUUUUUGAUAUAUAUAUUUUUAAUUUGUGGCAGAAGGAAUUGUCCUAUAGCAGCCUGCCUUGCCGCUUCUCUUUUCACACAAUAGGAGCCUUCCUUUAGGCCCAGCCUCCAGUGUAGUGUGUCAUGAUGUGAAUGGAAGGAACAGAUGGCAAGUGUCUGGCAAUUUGUUAGGUAAUGCAGCCCCUAAAGGAGUAAAGCAGCAGGAGCCUGCGGUACCAAGCUGCUAGUGUCAUGUUUAUGCCGAAAUGUCGGAUGCUAAGCCAACGCUUCAGGUGCGGCACAUGCGUAUAAUGGCAAAGAGUUGUAUUCAAUUCUACUCUGAUACCAUCUUAGUGUACAUGAAGGUCUCUUAUGUCCCACUGGUCCUCAAGUAACCAAUCUAAGGCAGGGGAGUGACAUCAUUGUUUUGGUUUUUUAGAAUCAGAGAAUGGUAGAGUUGGAAGGGACCCCAAGGGUCAUCUAGUCCAACCCCCUAAAGGUAAAGGGACCCCUGACCAUUAUGUCCAGUCACGUAUGACUCUGGGGUUGCGGUGCUCAUCUCGCUUUAUUGGCUGAGGGAGCCGGCGUACAGCUUCCAGGUCAUGUGGCCAGCAUGACUAAGCCGCUUCUGGCGAACCAGAGCAGCGCAAGGAAACGCCGUUUACCUUCCUGCCGGAGUGGUACCUAUUUAUCUACUUGCACUUUGACGUGCUUUUGAACUGCUAGGUUGGCAGGAGCAGGGACCGAGCAACGGGAGCUCACCCCGUCGCGGGGAUUCGAACCGCCGACCUUCUGAUCGGCAAGUCCUAGGCUCUGUGGUUUAACCCACAGCGCCACCUGCGUCCAACCCCCUACAAUGCAGGCAUCUCAGCUGAAGCAUCCCUGACAAAUGACCAUCCAACUUCUGCUUGAAAACCCUCCAAGGAAGGAGAGUCCAUGACUUUCUGAAGGAGUCCGUUCAACUGUCAAACAGCUCUCACUGUCAGAAAGUUCUUCCUGAUGUUUAGUCAGAAUCUCCUUUCUUGUAACUUGAAGCCUUUGGUUCGAGUCCUACCUUCCAGAGCAGGAGAAAACAAGCUUGCUCCGUCUACCAAGUGACACCCGUUUAGAUGUUUGAAGAUGGCUAUCAAAUCUCCUCUCAGUCUCCUCUUUUCCAGGCUAAACAUACCAAGCUCCUUCAACCGUUCUUCAUAAGGCUUGGUUUCCAGACUCUUGAUCAUGUUGGUUGUCUUCCUCUGCACACAUUCCAGCUUGCCAAUAUACCGUAUUUUUCGCUCUAUAAGACGCACCAGACCACAAGACGCACCUAGUUUUUGGAGGAGGAAAACAAGAAAAAAAUUAUUCUGAAUCUCAAAAGCCAGAACAGCAAGAGGGAUCGCUGUGCAUUGAAAGCAGCGAUCCCUCUUGCUGUUCUGGCUUCUGGGAUAGCUGCGCAACCUGCAUUCGCUCCAUAAGACGCACACACAUUUCCCCUUACUUUUUAGGAGGGAAAAAGUGAGUCUUAUAGAGCAAAAAAUACAGUACUUUUUAACUGUUGGCACUCAGAACUGGACAUUCCAGGUGUGGUCUGACCAAGGCAGAAUAGAGUGGUUCUAUUACUUUCCUUAACCAACCUUCUCUUAAGUUUUAUUAUUAUUUAUUUUCUGUUGAAGAUCCAGAAUACUGGAGUGAGGAAAGCUGGGUUCUCAGCCCCUCUUGCCAGGAGCUGCUCUGCACAGAUUCCCAAUAUCUCUUGGUCACUGUCUCCAGAGGCUUAAAAGUUAACCCUUGAAAUGACUGGCUUCUUGUACCUCUGUGGUUACAAGUUCUGUGAUCACAAGGAGUUGGUCUCUUGUUCUCUUACUUAUCUUUCUACUAAAGCAAAAACUGUGAGAGCAAUAUUAACACAGUGGGUAUGAUAGAAACAAUUAUACACAACAACAGAAUAAAUAAAAUAGCUGAUCUCAGAUUUGUUGUCGUCAGUGGGCGCUGCUCCCUCCUUUUCAAAAUUAGAUUUUUUUGUGGUGUGAAGUUUGUUUGUUUUAAGUGUCUGCUGUUCUUUUAGCAAAACUGCUUCAUAAUUUUAUAAUGUGUUACUUUUUGUUCUUUAACUAGGGUUCGUUCAUCUCAGUUUGUGAGAAAAUGCUGCUUCCUAAAGGUUUGUUCUCAUGGUGCAUGCCAAGUAUGUUUUAGCUGAUAUUAGCUGAUAGCCUUGUAGAGGUUGAUAAAGUUGCAAGCGCAGUGGUGAAUCAUAGAUUGUAGAGUUGGAAGGGACCCAAGGGUCAUCUAGUCCAACCCCCUGCAAUGCAGGAAUCUCAGCUAAAGCAUCCAUGACAGAUGGCCACCCAACCUGUGCUUAAAAACCUCCAAGGAAGGAGAGUUCACAACCUCCCGAGGGAGACCAUGGAUAGAGAUGAAAUUUAUUCCCUCUGCCAUAUACCGUAUUUUUCGCUCCCUAAGGUGCACCUGGUUUUUUGAGGGGGAAAUCAAGGAAAAAAAUAUUAUUCCCCCACCUCGUACAAAAGCCCACAUGAGCCGCGCACCCUUUAAGGAGCGCACAGCUCCUGCGGGCUUUUCUACGAGGAGGGAGAAGGGACUGACUGGCCGCCGGGUCAGUCCCUUCUCCUGGGGAAAAGCCCGCAAGAGCCGCGCGGAGCUUGUGUGCGGCUCUUGGGGGCUUUUCCUGCCUGCCUCCCCCCUGCAUUUGCUCCAUAAGACGCACACACAUUUUCCGUUGCUUUUUAGGAGGGAAAAGGUGCAUCUUAUGGAGCGAAAAAUACGGUAAUACGAGGACUUCAUGGAGCUGAUUGGCAGCAGAUUCCAGCUUCUUCAUACAACGCAGAAUUAAUUUAUGGAAUCUGCUCUCACAACUUGCAGUGAUGGUCACUGGCUUAGAUAGUUUAAAAGUGCACUAGACACAUUCAUAGAGGAGGAUAACUUUAUCUUUGACUACGGCCCCCAAUAGUUCAGCUGAACCUCAAUGUUCAGACAAACGCUACUGAAUAAAUGAAAUACUGUGAAAAUCCCUGAAACGAGAAGUAAUCGACUAGAAACAUUAUCUUAUAGAAAUAAACUAAAUAAUAAAAAUCAAAAAGUUUAAGGGAAAAAAUUAGAAAAACCUAGAAUUGAACAAAGCCUUAACGGGAUGCCGGCUACAAACCUCGUUUCACUGAACUGUUCAGUUUCCUCAGAAGGAAAUAGAGAAGUCAUAAACCUUAAAUGACCAAGUUCAAAGAAAGGGGAUAAAACUCCCAAAAAUUCUGAAGUAUUAUAAUCCUAGCUCGACCUAGGUGAAGCAAAGCCCAUAAUAGGUUUUUUCAGCCCAUAACAGGUUUAGUAAAAUUGUACUUAUUUUCAAUUGCUUCCCGCACAGAUACAAAAACACAAAUUGUGAUAAUGACCAUGCUAUUCUGUUUUGCAGAACAGUCUCCAUUCUCUGGGUAUUUUAUAGCAUGGGUCACCAGUUGUUUUUGGAUUAUGACUCCCAUCAUCCCUAGCUAGCAGGACCAGUGGUCAGGGAUGAUGGGAACUAUAGUCCGAAAACAGGAAACACCGUCCUGGACUCUUGUGUGUCAUCAUCUCUUACAAGACACCGGGGCUAACCUCCUUUGGCAGGAAGCAUUGCAAGAGACAGCUUGACUUUGGGAAGAUAAAUUAAGGGUAGUGUUAGACAUUUUGGAGCUCUAGGGGUCCAGUCUUUGCGUUGCUUCCAAUAAUGCUUUGCACUACAGGCACCGUUUGUCGGUACAUCUGUGCUUAUUGCCUGUUCUGCCUUUGCACAUAAUGGCUUGGUUAUAGGAGCCACUUUAAGGCAUCAAACAAGAAAGCAAAGCCUGACCUUUGGAAAGCUCUCCCCAGGAAGCAGAAACUUGUAAAAUAUUACAUUUUGAAGGGGAUUAUUUUUGUACACAGUGAUAUUGACCAGCAGGGGGCAUUUGUCAGCUAGUGGAAUCAGUCUCUGUUAAGUAAUGGUGAAUCAUGCAAUGCUUUCAAUGCCUUUCCUCUAGAGCAGUGGUUGCAACAGCCGGCAUUGUCACAGGGGAACUGUUCCCCGCCCCCCUUUGCAAAUUUGCACCCAAGAAGAAACAAAGAUGAUUCAGUUAUUGGUGUUUGCUGUUGUCCCUGCAUGGUAGGAAGCAGUUAAAAGGACAAGAUGAGGAUUGAUAUCGAUAGCCUGGAUAGUUCAGUGGGAUAAGCUCACGUGGUGCUGAUAAUGCCAAGGUUGCAGGUUCGAUCCCCGUAUGGGAGAGCUGCAUUUUCCUGCAUUGCAGAGGGUUGGACUAGAUGAUCCUCAGGGUCCCUCCCAACUCUACAAUUCUAUGAUUAAACCACAAAAUCUGCUGUAUUUGGGUCUCAGAUGAAUUUUCUGACAGCUUAUAUACCGUAUUUUUUGCUCUAUAAGACUCACUUUUUCCCUCCUAAAAAGUAAGGGGAAAUGUGUGUGCAUCUUAUAGAGCGAAUGCAGACUGCACAGCUAUCCCAGAAGCCAGAACAGCAAGAGGGAUUGCUGUUUUCACUGCGCAGCGAUCCCUCUUGCUGUUCUGGCUUCUGAGAUUCAGAAUAUUUUUUUUUCUUGUUUUCCUCCUCCAAAAACUAGGUGCGUCUUAUAGUCUGGUGCGUCUUAUAGAGCGAAUAAUACGGUAAAUAGAUUUCUGACUACUUUUCUUUCCCCUGUGGAAGCAGGAGGAGGGGGUGUGCAUUUUACCCACUCUUGGAAAAUGUCGCCUAUCAAUAUCUCCCUGGUCUGUCCGGGAAGUCAGCCAGAGGAGGUUACCGGUAAGCAAGCUCCGGGAACUGUGAGAGGAGCCAGCCUCUGUGGAGGGGGCUUGCGAACCGACAGUUACUUCUUGCUCCUCAGACCCUUGACUUUGUGACUCCUUGCUUCCUGACCCUCGGACUCUUGGCUUUCUGACUCCUGGCUUCUGGACUCCCAUUCCUGCUCCAACCCCGCCAACAUGCCCCCGGUCCCGACGUCCUCAGCUGGGACUUCGAUUGCCCGUGAACCAGACCGUGAUAGUGACUAGCGGUGGGCGUGACCUUACAGUACCUGUGCAGGUAACAAAAGCACUAGGCAUACAGCAUCCUCCCUCUCUUUUCUCUUCGGCUUCCUCCAUCAUAGGACCAGCAGCUUUUUAGCUAGAGAUGCUCUGUUGGCUUUCAGCAAACAAAGGGACUAUCUCCAUAUGGGACAGACUCACAUGUAUAUACUUUGUAACUAUGUCUGCCUUCAGGGAUCCAUCUGUGAACUGAAUGUGUGAGUAAUUUUCUUUUAUAUACCGUAUUUUUCGCUCUAUAAGACGCACCAGACCACAAGACGCACCUAGUUUUUGGAGGAGGAAAACAAGAAAAAAAAUAUUCUGAAUCUCAGAAGCCAGAACAGCAAGAGGGAUCGCUGUGCAGUGAAAGCAGCAAUCCCUCUUGCUGUUCUGGCUUCUGGGAUAGCUGCGCAGCCUGUAUUCGCUCCAUAAGACGCACACACAUUUCCCCUUACUUUUUAGGAGGGAAAAAGUGAGUCUUAUAGAGCAAAAAAUACGGUACUUUACACAAGAUUGUGGUGUGUUUAUUCUUUUAAGGAGGAUAUAAGAGGGAUUACCAGGAAUCUGAUAGAGAGGCUUAAACAAGCCUGCAAGACCUACCUGCCGUGCAUUUAGAAGGGAAAUGUAAAACUCUGCUAAGUGACAGAACUUGCUAGUGCAAGUUAGGAAGGAUAACGUUAAACAAGAUAUCCUCUCCUGCCUCCUUGAACAUUCCAACACAAGGGUUCCUGAAGCGGGGUCAGGGUCUUUGCCACUGUUUGGAUGUCACUUACCAUUUUGAAUCAAGGUGGUGGACGGAAACAUGACAUUGGAUUGACUUCACCUGAUUUUUGGUGUUGACAGGUCCAAAAGAUCAUAAAGCUGCAGGAACACUGAAUGAAUAUAAUUAUUUGCUGCUUUGUUAUAGAAAUUGCCUGGGUUGCCCUAACAGAGGCAACCUAAAGCUAAGCAGUUAUCUGAAACCACAACGUGACUUACCGUAUUUUUUGCUCUAUAAAACUCACUUUUCCCCUCCUAAAAAGUAAGUGGAAAUGUGUGUGCAUCUUAUGGAGCGAAUGCAGGCUGCGCAGCUAUCCCAGAAGCCAGAACAGCAAGAGGGAUUGCUGCUUUCACUGCGCAGCGAUCCCUCUUGCUGUUCUGGCUUCUAAGAUUCAGAAUAUUUUUUUCUUGUUUUCCUCCUCCAAAAACUAGGUGCGUCAUAUGGUCUGGUACGUCUUAUAGAGCGAAAAAUACGGUAUAUUUCUCAUACAUCAUGCAGGGACAGUUCAUAUGCCCUGUCAAAUGAAGGCAAGACACAGGGAAGAGGAAGUACUGUUGGGAAGUAACUGAGAAUAAGUACAGUGUCUGGACUGGAUGGCGGUUCGGCGAAACUCCCUGUGUGUUAGGGCAGGACAGCCGCCUAGCCCUCUCCAGAAAGGAGAGGGCCAGCUUGCUGACUGUGCGUAAAACGUCCUGUUCAGCAAAUCCGCACUGACUACAAAGUCAGCAUCUUUCUGCCAGCAGAGGCUUGCAUCAUCCUAGGUUAGUAAAAGGAAGAUCUGUGUCUGUCUGUGAGAAGAGUCUAAUGGCAAUGUAACCUCAAGGUUAGAUUACUGCAAUACGUUGUAGGUAGGGUUGCCUCUGAAGAUAGUUCGGAAACUUCAGCAGCCAGGUUGCUCACCUGAGCAAGACGGCUUGAACACACAGUGGUACCUCGGGUUACAGAUGCUUCAGGUUACAGACUCCACUAACCCAGAAAUACAGUGGUACCUUGGGUUAAGUACUUAAUUCGUUCCGGAGGUCCGUUCUUAACCUGAAACUGUUCUUAACCUGAAGUACCACUUUAGCUAAUGGGGCCUCCCGCUGCCGCCAGAGCACGAUUUCUGUUCUCAUCCUGAAGCAAAGUUCUUACCCUGAGGUACUAUUUCUGGGUUAGCGGAGUCUGUAACCUGAAGCCUAUGUGACCUGAAGCAUAUGUAACCCGAGGUACCACUGUAUAUGCAAUAAACAUCUUCCAUUCUUCCUUAAAUUCAUUGUCAUCUCUGCUUCUUAAUUUCAUUGUCACUUUUGCCAUUUCAGCAUAUUCCAUUGAUUGAACUUGACAGUCUUCUUUAGUUGGGACACCUUCUUCUUUCCAGUGUUGUGCUAGUAGAGUCCGUGCGGCCGUAGUUGCAUACGUAAAUAAGUUCUUUUGCAAUUUUGAUAAGUCCAAAAGUGGAAAAUAAGGGUCAACCGUUAAACCACUCCGAAAAUUCCAGCUCUUUGAGGGGCAGCCUGAAAACUCCAGGCACCCUUAACAAACUACAGCUCCCAUGAGUCUUUGUGGAAGUAGUAAAGUGGUAUUAUGGAAUUGUAUGGAAGGGACCACAAGGGUCAUCUGGUCCAACCCCCUGCAAUGGCCCAACGUGGGUUCGAACUCAUGGCACUGAUAUCUUGGUGUUUUUUUUUCCACUUUGGCCUCAAGACCUGCCAACCGCUGGCUUGGCUAUUUAUAAUAGAAUAUGGCCCCCAGGGUGAAAUAAAGUUCCCCACGCCUGCAUUAAGGGAGUAUAUCUUGCUUAAAUUCUGCUUCUGCCUUUGGCAGUAUCGGAAAAGGGAAAUAAAAACGGAAGAGAAAAUAAAGAAAAUCGGAGCCUGCGACAUACAGGAAACUGGUUAGGCCAAUGUGUGCCUCUGUCUUGAGGAGAAAUCUGUGUUAGUGGAAGCCCUUGAGCAUUAUACUUAAGCUUUGGCGGUGCCCUCAAGCAGGUUAACCAAACAGACUGAGGGUAGGUAACUGAUACCCUGAGGUCACAGGUAAACAUGCAGAGACUGUACACAGAGCUGAUUCACCUGACUGGCAGGGAGGCAAUGAUGGCCACGCCCAACCGGACAAGGUUUCAGGUUCCAAUUUCAUUGUUUUGUUCCUCCAUAUGCACACCUGACGGCGCAGGCUGAGGGCAGACGUGUGCAGUCAGCAUGGGUUGCUGAACUUACCUCUUUUCCUGGUUCUUUCCCUUCGUUUUCUUGUCAGUAACAGAAACAAACAAAAACCCGUCAGCCUUUUUUAAAAUUUAUUUUCACACAAGCGACAGAACAAUAACUUGCUGGAUCUCCUCGAAAAGCUUAAUUUGUUGGAAACAGAUUGCAAAUAAAUGAAAGGUAAGUGGUUUAGGGGGGGGGAAAUGUUUUCAUUGUUUAUGCAUUUAGCGCCGUACAAUGUAAUGCCGGCUUGCACAAUUUGUGGUCCACCACUAAUAUAGGCAGCCCUCUGGCGCAAUGUUCAAGCUUCCUGGUUUUGCUUCCCGCCUGACGCUGAAAGAGCCAGGGCAAGCUGUCAGCUCACAAUAUAUGGCUGGGGGAAAUCCUGCCUGGCCUGCUCUUGGGCCUUGAGGAACAACUUGAUCUGCAGUCAUUAGCAGGUGAUAUUGUUUAUUCCCCAUGCUAUGAGGAGCUGCAGUCAGAUGGUGAAUUCUGCACAUCAUUUGGUUUAAAAGGCACUUGGGCAAGCCAGACAGUUCCUGACUCUCGCCGCCAACCCUCUCAGCUAUGUAUUGUGACUUGCCAAUAGCCUAAUAACUUGCCCUCUAAGUUGCACAGCAAAAGCAAACCCAGGAAGUUUAUUGCUCUGGUUGUGGAGUGUUGUUUGGCUUGAUGGAUCACACGUUGUACAGGCCUGGUGCAACACAAGCCAGAAAGACAAGUCUCUGCCCUGAGGAGCUUACGGUUUGUAUUUUUUAAGUGUGAGGGAAGCCAGGAAAGGGAGAGCGACAAAGGAAGGAAUGGAAAGGCAACCUUAGCAUAACCUCUUGGCAAUUUUGAAGACUAAUCUACAAUGUACUUGUCUCAAAUUUCACUUGCCUGUGCAAAAUAAAUAGCAUGCUGUGGAUCUACUUUCCAAGGUGAAAAAAAAAAGAGAAAUAAUGAGCUGAAAUGUUAUCAUUCAAAAACAUUUUCACAUGCUUAGAACACCAGUGACUAAAAUGGGCGAAAAGGCUACCAAACGUACAGAGUAGUGUAACCAAAUCUUAACUUUACUUCUGUUUAACCCGUUAUAUCCAUUUUCUGGUUGGUUGUUUUAAGAAAGGGGCCAUAGUUCUGUAAUCUUGCGGUGUUUUGAUUUGGUUUUGCUUCCUUUUGGCCUACAGAAAACUAGCUCUUCAGGGAGCAGACCUCUUCCCUGACUUGCUAGUUUUCCAUAAGCAGGGAUCUCUUGAUGUGAUGGGACAUUCGGACAUGUGGUACCACCUGCCACGUUCCCAGGAUCUGGAAGGAAGAAUGGAGGUGGUUAGAGAGCCAGCAGCUCUUCAAGGCUAGGAUGGAAAAAUAUGGAGAGACUUAAGCCUUCAGGGCAUGAUCAGUGCCAUAUUUUGGAGUAAAGGUAAAGGGACCCCUGACCAUUAGGUCCAGUCGUGGCCGACUCUGGGGUUGCGGCACUCAUCUCGCUUUAUUGGCCAAGGGAGCCGGCGUACAGCUUCCGGGUCCUGUGGCCAGCAUGACGAAGCCGCUUCUGGCGAACCAGAGCAGAGCAGCGCACGGAAACGCUGUUUACCUUCCCGCCAGAGCAGUACCUAUUUAUCUACUUGCACUUUGACGUGCUUUUGAACUGCUAGGUUGGCAGGAGCAGGGACCAAGCAACGGGAGCUCACCCCGUCGCGGGAUUCGAACCGCCGACCUUCUGAUCGGCACGUGUCCCUUAUAUUUUGGAGUAGGGAACUGUAGAAUCAUGGCAUUCUUCUGGGAGGAAUAUUCGUCCUGUAAAUCAACAAUGAGAUAGUGGAAGGGGCUGGUGCAUUUAACAGAGAAAGUGAGUGCUUUUAGAAACAGCAGCAAACAAACAAAUAGACCUUGGUAAGAGAGAGAGAGAGAGAGAGAGAGAGAGAGAUGAGCAGUUUUCCUUCCUGCUGUGUUUUCAUAUACAUUCCUCCCCUUUUUCUCUUCUCUUCCCCUCUUUCUCAUACAGCUGUGCAAAUAAGUCUACAAAAGUUGCUAGCCCGCGAGACAACAACAACAACCAACAAACACUAGCCGGCUUACCCACACAUCCCUCCUCCUAGUUAUUUGUGACAUAUUGCCGAUGCCUGGAAACUUUCCCAGCGUGCAGCGAUGUAGCAACACAUCCUCCCUUUUAAUGGGCUUCUAGACUACACUGAUAUAAACAAACAUAUAUGCAGAUAAUUUGGCAAAAACAUGUCUACAGUGCUUAGGGGCAAACAGCCUCCUACUUUCUGAAGGAGAGAUAACCAUCUCUUCUCCGUUUAGUGCCAGGAAAUCUGAUGGUUAAAUUCCUUUUUGCUGUGUAAAGGAUCACCUAUUCACAGUCACACUGCGUACAGCGGGAUUAAGAGAGAUGUUUGAGCUUAGCCUCCGGCUCUGCUUGGCAAAGUACUUGACCUCUUCAAGUCACAAUAUGCUUUUGAUUUUUUUGAUCUUUUUAAGCAUCAUGGUAUGCAUUUCUGCUUUGCCCUCGGAAGGACCUGGCAGCUGCCUUACAUUCUCUGCUAGCUUCCUGGUUCAAUUUUUUUGCAAUGUGCUCUCUGUGUGGCUGCCUUUCAAGGCUGCCUUACUUGAACUGCUCAGUUGGUCCAAAAGUGCAGCUGCCUGACAGUUGGCUGAGUCAGCUGCAUAGAGCAUAUGGCAUAUGAUACCUGUGCAGUGGUACCUCUGGUUACGAACUUGCCGUAUUUUUUGCUCUAUAAGACUCACUUUUUCCCUCCUAAAAAGUAAGGGGAAAUGUGUGUGCGUCUUAUGGAACGAAUGCAGGCUGCGCAGCUAUCCCAGAAGCCAGAACAGCAAGAGGGAUUGCUGCUUUCACUGCGCAGCGAUCCCUCUUGUUGUUCUGGCUUCUGGGAUUCAGAAUAUUUUUUCCCUUGUUUUCCUUCUCCAAAAACUAAGUGCGUCUUAUGGUCUGGUGCGUCUUAUAGAGCGAAAAAUACGGUAAUUCGUUCUGGAGGUCCGUUCUUAACCUGAAACUGUUCUUAAGCUGAGGUAGCACUUUAGCUAAUGGGGCCUCCCGUUGCCGCCGCUCGAUUUCUGUUCUCAUCCUGAAGCAAAGUUCUUAACCCAAGGUACUAUUUCUGGGUGAGCGGAGUCUGCAACCUGAAGCGUCUGUAACCCAAGGUACCACUGUAUUGUAACAUCUUUACUGGUUGCCUGUCAGUUUUCAAACACGGUUCAAGAUGCUGGCUUUUUAAAAACCCUAGAAUCAUAGAAUUGUAGAAUUGGAAGGGAUCCUGAGGGUCAUCUGGUCCAACCCCCUGCAAUGCAGGAAUCUCAACUAAAGCAUAACAACAACAACAACAACAACAACAACAACAACAAUUUGUUUGUUUAUUUAUACCCCACCCAUCUGGCUGGUUUUCCCCAGCCACUCUGGGUGGCCCCCAGCAGAAUAUUAAAAACACGAUAAAACACCAAACAUUAAAAACUUCCCUAAACAGGGCUGCCUUCAGACGUCUUCUAAAAGUCAGAUAGUGAUUUAUUUCCUUGACAUGUGAUGGGACGGUGUUCCACAGGGCGGGCGCCACCACUGAGAAGGCCCUCUGUUUGGUUCCCUGUAGCUUCACUUCUUGCAGUGAGGGAAUUGCCAGGCGGCCCUCGGAGCUGGACCUCAGUGUCCGGGCUGAACGAUGGGGGUGGAGACACUUUAUGACAGAUGGCCAUCCAGCAAAAACUGUUUUGGGAAUUAGCACGGUAAAUUGCUUCUUAUUCUUACUUCUCCCCUCUGCUUUCUCCUGAAGGAGUCCAAGGCAGCAUGCAAUAGAAAAUAGAUACAACUGAAAACAAAUCUAAAUUAAGUUUGAACUAAAAGCAGUCAAAUUGCUAUUCUAGCAGGAAAGGAAUAGAAGGCUCAUGACAACAAUUGUCAUCUGAAGGCCAAGAUAAACAAACGUGUCUUAAAGGCAGGCCAACACUACUGACCGUGCAAAGGAGAAGCAUAAAUUGAUAGUACGUAGAAGUAGAGCAGGCAUAGGCAAACUCGGCCCUCCAGGUGUUUUGGGGACUACAACUCCCAUCAUCCCUAGCUAACAGGACCAGUGGUCAGGGAUGAUGGGAGUUGUAGUCCCAAAACAUCUGGAGGGCCGAGUUUGCCUAUGCCUGAAGUAGAGUCACCUUAGGCUUGGGAGCAAAAUAUGACCCUCCAGGCAAGAACUAAAGCACAGCCACGUAUGGGCAAGUCCCUUGGGCCAAAGUCCAACAGUCAAGAAAUGCAGUCCAGAGUCAAACCCAAAGCACAGUCCCAGCAGAGAUCUUGGAGCAUCCAAGCCGAAGUCCACCACCAUGGGCAGUUGAGCAGACAGAGCACCUCAGCUCUGCUCCCCUUACCUCCCUUGAGUUUUGAUGGUAGCACCUGGGCUUGGCGAAGCAUGUGACCAUCACCUGUGUUGAGCUUAAUCUACUUGAGAAACCACAUCCCUCCUCCCAGCUCCAUCUGGUACGCAGGCUGAGACCCUACCUGCCCGCAGACUGUCUCGCCAGAGUGGUGCAUGCUCUAGUUAUCUCCCGCUUGGACUACUGCAAUGCGCUCUACGUGGGACUACCUUUGAAGGUGACUCGGAAACUGCAAUUAAUCCAGAAUGCAGCAGCUAGACUGGUGACUGGGAGUGGCCGCCAAGACCACAUAACACCAGUCCUGAAAGAUUUUCAUUGGCUCCCAGUACGUUUCCGAGCACAAUUCAAAGUGUUGGUGCUGACCUUUAAAGCCCUAAACGGCCUCGGUCCUGUAUACCUGAAGGAGCGUCUCCACCCCCAUCAUCCAGCCUAGACACUGAGGUCCAGCGCCGAGGGCCUUCUGGCGGUUCCCUCGCUGCGAGAAGUGAGGUUACAGGGAACCAGGCAGAGGGCCUUCUCGGUGGUGGCGCCUGCUCUGUGGAACGCCCUCCCAGCAGAUGUCAAGGCAAUAAACAACUAUUUUACUUUUAAAAGACAACUGAAGGCUACCCUGUUUAGGGAAGUUUUAAUGUCUGAUGCUGUAUUGUUUUUAAUAUUCAGUUGGAAGCCGCCCAGAGUGGCUGGGAAAAUGCAGCCAGAUGGGAGGGCUAUAAAUAAUAAACUAUUAUUAUAAGAGCUAAUGAGCCCCUUCUGGCCAGCUAGUGUGUGUCCUUGCCUUGCCAGAGCGUACCUCCCGCCGCUCCUAUGCUUCAGGGCCCACCUUGUUUGUGGAGACGGGGGGUCCUCUGGCUAUGAUGAAGGGUCCUGUUCCUCUGGCCACUGCACACUGACCCCCACCUCCUUGCCUACCUCUGUCACCCCAUUAAUACUUCCCACAAUCCCAACCUCACCUUUCCCAUACCCGGCUUGCCCCGGUGGGUCCCAGUCAUGGCUACACCCCUCGCUAGCAUCCUCUUCCUGCACCCCACUAGCAGGACCAGUGGACAGGGAUGAUGGGAGUUGUAGUCCAACAACAGCUAAGGACUCGAGGUUGAGGAAAAACUGCCAUAAAACCUUCUUAACAGCUCCAUAUGCUCAGUUCAUCAAGUGAGUCCUCUGCUCCAGAAAACUCACUAUGAGUGGUAAAGUGAGAGACUGCAAGGAGCAGGGACCUUUUGGUCAUGGCACCUUCUUCCAAAAUUUCCUCCUGGAAUGGGGACGGGACUGUCGACGAGUCCAUUCUGUUGGGUCUUCGAGAAGUCUAGUAAAAGCUUUGCCAGGCUUUGGGGGCCAUUGGGCUAGCAUUAAAUGCAGUUCUUUCCUGGGUUAUUUUAUGCGCCAGUAAUGAUGUUUUAAGGUUUGAUGUUGGGGUAAAUCUUCAUAGCUUGCUGUGAAUGUAUGGUGGCUCACCAGGAGCCUGAUAAACCUGCUGUUUAGAAUGAAAGCAGGAAGGAUUUGCCACACACACCUGGCAGGCCAUAAUAUGUGACUGGUGGGCUGCAUAAGGCUUGGUAGUUCAUGGCUGUAUUUUGGUUAUUUCUACUCUUUUUAACGGGACGCAGGUGGCGCUGUGGGUUAAACCACAGAGCCUAGGACUUGCCGAUCAGAAGGUCAGAUCAGAAGGUCGGCGGUUUGAAUCCCCGCGACGGGGUGAGCUCCCGUUGCUCGGUCCCAGCUCCUGCCAACCUAGUAGUUUGAAAGCACAUCAAAGUGCAAGUAGAUAAAUAGGUACCGCUCCGGCAGGAAGGUAAACGGCGUUUCCGUGCGCUGCUCUGGUUCGCCAGAAGCGGCUUAGUUAUGCUGGCCACAUGACCCGGAAGCUGUACGCCGGCUCCCUCGGCCAGUAAAGCGAGAUGAGCGCCGCAACCCCAGAGUCUGUCACGACUGGACCUAAUGGUCAGGGGUCCCUUUACCUUUACCUUUACUCUCUUACAAUGUUUGCAUUAUUUGAGGGGGGGAGUGAUGAAGAAUUCAUUCGACAGCAGCAGCAUCCCAUUGUAGCAGCAUCCCAUGAAACUGUUCCUAAAUGAGCUAAGCAUGAAACCCAGCCAGAUGGGCGGGUAUAAGUAAUAAAAUUAUUAUUAUUGGCAUAAAAAUUUAAGAAUUGCCCUCCUGGACCAGGCCAGCUGUCUGAACCAUGUAGUUUCCCACCUUCAAUCUGACUCAUCAGAAACUCAAAACGAAACAGACUGAAGGUGGAGAUACACAUAACAUUUUUUCCCCCAAGUAGUGGCGUCAGUUUGGAAGUUUUGCAUUCAGUGCAAAAGGAACUUUUCUGUUCAAGGUCAAGUCCUGAAGGGAGAUGGGUGGGAACCACAAUUCUGCAAACUGACUGCAGAAGCUCUGAUUGGCAGGCACCCACGAUGUCAUCAAGAAGCCUCUUCUUUCCAAUCCCCAGAGCAGUUUUGAGCUUUUUAAAGUUUUGUUUAAAAAACCCAAAAAAUCACUGCAAUGACCGAUGACAGGAGAAUAAGGUCUGCUGGCAUUUCCAUCUUAUUCUGAUUGUGAAGCCAAGAGGAAGCUGGUUUUGGGGGGCCACUAUUGAAAGAGUUUAAUAGUAUGCCUGUCUCCUCAACGGUGAUGUGGGUUUUCUAUUUAAAAAAUGAAUUGGAAAAAUUUAGGGUAAUUUGCAUUGGGAAAUUAUUUGAUGUCCUGGAGAAUGAUCUAAUUCAGCAUGAUUGUUUUCCUUGUUUUAGCAACCAAAGCUAAAAGCUUUGAAACUGCCAAGCCGGCCAAAUACUUUAUUUGUAAUUGGAAUUCAUUGUUACGAAUGGACUUAUGAAAUGGAAAAUUUUCUGCCUCAGAUCACUGCUCCCCUUUGCCCUGCUAAUUUAGUUUGGUACAUGUGCUCUAAUUGUCUUUAUUAACUAGGGAGAGUUGGCUAAUCAGACUGUUUUCUGGUAUCUAUCCUUAAUCUCUGCCCCCGUUUUGUCCCUGCUUUCCUUUAGGGGGAAUUUUUGAGGGGCAUUUUUGACCUGCAAUACAUACAUGUGCCCUGGUAUUCAUUAACUUGCCUUCUGCAUCCCCCUCCCUGUAACUGCCUAUCCAGAAAGCAAAUGUUGCUGGUGCAUCUGAGCUGCAGCUACUCUAUAAUAUUUAAAAACCAGAUCCAUUGUGGGAGUAAACGUUCUAUCAAACAUUUGUAAUUUAAAAAAUAAAUAAACAAAUAGGAAAUCUAGCCUAUGAAAGUUGGGGGAAAGUCCUUUGGAAGAAUUCCCAUUGUGUUCAGUUUGGCUUACACUCAAGUAAGCAUGCAUGGGAUUGCAACCUCAGUUUAACACAACUGCUUAAAAAGCCAACUCACCUUGCCAACAAAGGUCCGUAUAGUUAAAGCUAUGGUUUUCCCAGUAGUGGUGUAUGGAAGUGAGAGCUGGACCAUAAAGAAGGCUGAUCGCCGAAGAAUGGAUGCUUUUGAGUUAUGGUGCUGGAGGAGACUCUUGAGAGUCCCAUGGACUGCAAGAAGAUCCAAACUCUCCAUUCUUAAGGAAAUCAGGCCUGAGUGCUCACUGGAAGGACAGAUCCUGAAGCUGAGGCUCCAAUACUUUGGCCACCCCAUGAGAAGAGAAGACUCCCUGGAAAAGACCCUGAUGCUGGGAAAGAUGGAGGGCACAAGGAGAAGGGGACGACAGAGGACGAGAUGGUUGGACAGUGUUCUCGAAGCUACCAGCAUGAGUUUGACCAACCUGCGGGAGGCAGUGGAAGACAGGAGUGCCUGGCGUGCUCUGGUCCAUGGGGUCACGAAGAGUCGGACACGACUAAAUGACUAAACAACAACACAACAACAGGGUAGACAGGAUAAAUGGAUAGACAGUAAUCAGGGAAGAAUGUUCAACAGUGUGCUAGAAUGUGAGUGUGUGAGACAGACAGGCAGUGAUAAUUGAUGUAAGAAUAGGCAUCCGUCUGUCUCGGGAGACAAUGGAAGAAUCAUACCACUGGAAGUCAAACCACUGGGCAGCUACAGUGCCUUCUGUGGCUGUAGAGACCAAUACAGAAGAGACAUGUUUUGUUGCAGGUGGGGUAGUUGUAGGUGUCCAGCUGUGCUUCUGCAGGUGUGCCAUGGCAUUGCUUCUUUCUGCACUCCUCCCAACAGUCAUUCCCCCUCGGGCAUUGCUGUGGGUACACAACCUGACUUACUCUUUUCAGUCAUCUACAAGGAAUUCCCAUGUAUACAUAUUAUAUUGCUGGCAUCCGUCUGUCUCGAGACAAUGGAGUGAAGUCAAACCACUGUGUUAGCGGCACUGAAGUGAGCUCCCUGGGGCGCAAGCCUUGGCAGUGUGUCUGGAGGUCCUGGACUGCACAGACGACAAGACCUCUCAGCCUCACUGAUGUGGUCUAAAGGAAAGCAGAGCGAUAUGCUUGGCACUGGCUUAGCUGCAGGAGUUGCAAGAAGUAGGCCUAUAAGGCGCCACUCAAGUGUCUUAGGGACUCAACUCUGGAUUUGUGUAGGGUUUACUCCAGGGGUCAGCAAACUUUUCCAGCAGGGGGCCGGUCCACUGUCCCUCAGACCUUGUCGGGGGCCGGAUUAUAUUUUGAAAAAAAUGAACGAAUUCCUAUGCACCACAAAUAACCCAGAGAUGCAUUUUAAAUAAAAGCACACAUUCUACUCAUGUAAAAACACCAGGCAGGCCCCACAAAUAACCCAGAGAUGCAUUUUAAAUAAAAGGGCACAUUCUGCUCAUGUAGAACAUGCUGAUUCCUGGACCAUCUGCAGGCCGGAUUUAGAAGGCGAUUGGGCCAGAUCCGGCCCCCAGGCCUUAGUUUGCCUACCAUUGGUUUACUCCUUAGCCUUUUCUUCUCCCGAUAGCCCGCAAGGUGGCGGAGGUUUCGUAUGAGAGUUUUCCUUCUCCUAGAUGGGCUGCUUUCUCAGGUUGACAAGCCCCACCUGCCCCUCACUUUCCUCUACAGCGUGUGCAGAAACUACCUUCUUGACUGUUGGACCCACCAUUAGUCUCAUCUGUUCAAUCCACCGGAGCUUGUCUUUGCAUGCAGGGGAAGCGCUCAAUUCACCAAGGGUUUGCUGGGAUGCAUAUAAAUACAUAUACAUACUAGCAGUUUGAAAGCACACAAGUGCAAGUAGAUAAAUAGUUACCACUGCGACGGCAAGGUAAACGGCUUUUCCGUGCGCUCUGGUUUCCGUCACGGUGUCCCGUUGCGCCAGAAGCGGUUUAGUCAUGUUGGCCAAAUGAUCUGGAAAGCUGGCUGUGGACAAACGCCGGCUCUCUCGGCCUGAAGCAAGAUGAGCACCUCAACCCCAUAGUCGCCUUUGACUAGACUUAACCAUCCAGGGGCCCUUUACCUGUUACCUUACAUAUACAAGAGUGUCCUCAUUUGAAUCUGAAAUCUCGAACGGUCAGGUGGCUUCAUGGUUCCGUUCUCUGUGUUCAUUGCAGAUGUCAUGGUCCCCUCAGUACCGGAGUUCAAAAUUCCGCCAUGUUUACGGCAAGGCAGCCAGUAAGGAGAAGUGCUAUGACUGUGUGCCUAUCACCCGCAGUGUUCACGACAAUCACUUCUGCGCUGUGAACCCGCAUUUCGUUGCUGUUGUGACCGAAUGUGCCGGUGGAGGAGCCUUUCUUGUAAUACCAGUAAAUCAGGUAAGUACCACCAUACUGACAGGUGUAGCUGGUUUUGUGUGUUUGUACGUUUCGGUGGGCAAUGGAACCUCCUAAAGCCCAAAUGGCCCAUUCAUUUUAACAGAGGAGCAUAUUUGGAGUAAGGCAGAGGUUUUCAACCUCUUUGAGCCCACGGCUCUCUUGUGGCACCCCUGUGGGGCCCAGGAGCCCAGUAAUGCCACCCCUUGUCUGCAGAGCUGGCAACUUCUCAUCCUUUUUCAGACACCCUCCCUUGUAAAGUGUUCCCUCAACCUCCUCUCCCCUCUCCUUGGGAGUCCUCUGGGCAGCCGUAGCUGCCGCCCCUGGUCUGUGAGCUGCCCCCCUGCCCCAAAGAGAGGUGCCUCCUCACACUGCCCCACAGGGGCCUGGGAAGCACCCCCUGGCCAGUCACAGAGGCACCAUUCGCCUGCGGAGCUUGUAGCCAGGGCUGCUGCAACAAACAGCUGUGCAAGCCUUUGGGAGGCAGAGAUGUGAGAGGGCAUCAGAGGAGGGAGGGAGGGAAAGAGGGACAGAGGCCAGUGUUGCCCACGGCACCCCUGACCGUCCUUCAAGGCACCCCAGGGUGCCACACUGGUUGAAAACCAAAGUGACUGAAAGGCCAACAGUAUUGGAUCUAUCUACUGACGCUCUCUCUCAUGAACUGGGAACUAGGGCAAAGGGCUCAUUUACACACAUGCACACAAACCCCAUAUAAACUCCUUUUGCACUGCAUGGGUUCAUUUUGCUUGCGGCUCACGCACUGCUGAGUUGCAGAAGAACUGUCUGGGACCUCCUCCCUGCCCAUACAAACACCAGGACUCCUCUGGAAGAGCUUGUUGUUGCAGGUUGAAGGGGGCUUAAAGAGCCCUUUUGCCUUUCCCACUCAUCCUGACUUGCUUGGUGAGCCCUUUGCAGAUGUAUUGGUUUUCAUAAGAGAAAGCCAUAUUUUUAGGAGAGGGUCCGUGGGAUAUGAGGCUCUGCUGGGGGCCAGACUGAGGACUUAAACCACUUGCCACCAAUUCUUGUUCUAAAGAUGGUGAUAGAGCUAUAGGAAUAUCCAAAAGGUUGUCAUCCAGGAUAAAGUCACGAAUGGUUCCUUUUGUAAAUGUAUGUAAUUCUGGGGCUGGUUUUGGACAACACAUUCACAGGGUGAUUGGACUGAAUGACUAUUCCAAAAAGCACUCUUUUUAAAAAAAAGAUGUAUUUUGUUUUCAAAAGUGUUCAUACUUUAGCAUCAAUAAUAUCUUUAAUUUAUCCAUUGACUUCCCAUCCCCCAUGGGGUUCUAUGUUUAUCUUUAAUGUUGCAUAUUUUAACUUAUAACACUCCAUAUGUACAUCCUAAGUGAUUAGCCUUAAUGUGUUUCUUCUCUUGCUCAUAUUUCAAACCCUCCUCACGUUUUCACGUAGCUAUAAUAGCUCUUUAGAUGUUCUCCAAAAGCACUCUUAAUUGGUUAUUGCCCCUUUAAGACAGGGUUUACUAACCAUUUUUCACCCUGGGGAAAACCUUUUGAGGGUUGUAUAACAGUGGUGGUGUGGCCGAAAGUGGGUGUAUUAAUAUCUUGGUCCUCCAAACAUCACCUGUGUUUCCUUUAUGUAAUAGAUAUAUGUUAUAAGCCAAAGGACCAUGGUCUGCAACAACAGAAUCUUACUUACAUACAGUGGUACCUCGCAAGACGAAUGCCUCGCAAGAAAAAAAACUCGCUAGACGAAAGGGUUUUUUGUUUUUUGAGCUGCUUUGCAAGACGAUUUUCGCUAUGGGCUUGCUUCGCAAGACGGAAAUGUCUUGCAAGUUUGUUUCCUUUUUCUUAACACCGUUAAUACAGUUGCGACUUGACUUCGAGGAGCAACUCAUAGAACGCGGUGUGGUAGCCUUUUGAGGUUUUUAAAGACUUUGGUGAUUUUUGAAGCUUUUCCAAAACUUUCCCGACACCGUGCUUCGCAAGACGAAAAAAUCGCAAGGCGACAAAACUCGCGGAACAAAUUAAUUUCGUCUUGCGAGGCACCACUGUAUUUAGUAUAAUCCUCUCUAACCUUUACAGUGCCCCUCAAAACACCUGUCUGCUACAGACCCCUUGUGGUGAAAAUAUAUACAAUAAGAAAAAUGUCUUUUAGCUCAGCUCUCUGUAAGGUUAAGAGGCCAUUUUAAGACUCCAGUCCAGAUAGAGGCACAGCAAAUACAUAUACCCAGCCCACAACAGCGGUUGGAAAUUUGCAUUUCCUAUCUACGUUGCAAUGCAAAUGGAAAUAUGCUUCCCAUCCUCAGUGUGUGUUGCAAGCAGGGUUGCACAUCACAACCACAUUCAUACUGUUUGAGAUGAAGGAAACUCCUGUGCAAGAGCCUCUCUCCUUUGCUGUUUCUGGGUAGUAUUUGAAAACACACGUAAGAUGCAGUUAUUGCAGGUUCUUAAUCUGUAUUGGGAGUCUAGCUUUGCAACCUACCCAUUACAGAAUAUAUUCCAGCUGGUUCCAUGCUGAAUUUGUCAUCAUUUUCCCUCUUCCUUCAUACAUCAGGUCUGUCUUUUCCCCUAAGCCACACAUACAUGGUUAUUCAUUUAAAUGUCCAUCCUUCACCAUCCAAAAAACCCCAAACAAACCUCAAAUGUUCAAAAAAAAGUUGUGAAAGUAAAUCAGGAAUUGAGGGGUGUGUGUGACAUUUGUGGCGUCACAGAAACUAGCCAAUAGGCACCACUCACAGCUCCAUUUCAAAUCAGCUAUGCUGGAAACUGGCAGAAAGCUUGCCUUAGGAGAGAAAAAUAUAAGUGCUUGUAUUAAACAUAUGGGCAUUCUCAGACUGGCUUAGCUGCUCUAAAAUAUGUUUUUCUUCGCCCUAAAUUUGUAUGUGUUUUGUUUUCAGUCCUUCCCUACUGGAUUGCUUCCAGAUUAUCAGUAUUUUGUGGGAGGGAUUCAAGUGCAUAGAAGAAAUUUAGCAUUGCAGAAUCAACGUGGAUCAGUGCACUCUGUCACCCUAGUACAAGAAUCUACUUUUUUAAUUAAAAGAAGCAGCAGCAGACUUUUUGCAGUUAGGAAAGUGACAGAGAAAUGCAAUGAAAAGUGUGGGAUGAAUACAUGAUUCACAGGAAGAUGUAUAAACACCCUGCACAAGCAAAUCAGAAUGAAUGGUCAAUAAAGACUGGAUGAGUCUAAUUUCCACAGAACUUUGUGCAAGCGACUCAGGAUGACUGCUCAGUAAACAAAUAAUCUGAAGGAGCCCCUAGUCUGUGUAGUUUGUAUCCAAACCCUGCAAAAGAGAACACAAUCAAGUUAUGGCAACUGUUGAUACUGGUGGUUUAAUAUGGGUAGGAAAUGGCUCCAAGAGACAGAUACAUUAAGGGGUCAAGAUAAAACCAUGAAGGACAAGACACACUGGAGAGUUCUGUUUUGCUUUGUGUCGAUUGACAGGCCUUAUCAGAGACGUUGCAGUUUGGGAACUAAAUAUUUCUGUUUGUUUCCAGACAGGAAAACUGGACCCGCAUUACCCUCGCAUCUGUGGGCACAAAGGGAAUGUUUUAGACAUUAAGUGGAACCCUUUCGAUGACUUUGUAAUAGCCUCAUGCUCUGAAGAUACCACUGUAAGUUUUGGGAACCUCUGGAGUGAUAUAACCCCUGUCAGGUGCAGACAGAAGGCUGCCCAGUUUCCUAACUAUGGUUAGAAGAUCGAGAUUAUCCCAUAGGCUCACCCCCUUUCCUUUCAUAGCUGUAGUUAGUGUUAAGUCAGCACUGUUCUAACCAUGGUUAAAGGUAAAGGGACCCCUGACCAUUAGGUCCAGUUGUGGCCGACUCUGGGGUUGCGGCGCUCAUCUCGCUUUAUUGGCUGAGGGAGCCGGCGUACAGCUUCCGGAUCAUGUGGCCAGCAUGACAAAGCUGCUUCUGUCGAACCAGAGCAGCGCACGGAAACGCCGUUUAUCUUCCUGCCAGAGCAGUACCUAUUUAUCUACUUGCACUGGUGUGCUUUCGAACUGCUAGGUUGGCAGUAGCAGAGACCGAGCAACGGGAGCUCACCCCGUCGCGGGGAUUCAAACUGCCGACCUUUUGAUCAGCAAGUCCUAGGCUCUGUGGUUUAACCCACAGCGCCACCCGCCUCCCCCUAACCAUGGUUAGCUCAAACCAAAGCCAGCAGAUAUGUUUCCGGUUGUGGUUGCCUGCUGUAGAGUGGAUGUAACCACUCUGAAAAUGCUGGUGCGAGCUUAACACUGGUUAGUGAUUCAGAAUUCAAGAGAGAGGUAGGAGCACAAAAGGCAUCAAGGUGUUUUUGAUGAUGAUGGAGACCGGGCCGCAACAUGUUUACACUAGUUCUAAAGGCCUCAUCAUUUGCUAGGAAGGUUCCAAGGGACAGCUGAUAAAGUAACAAGGAGAUACUGUUGUUGGAGCAGUAGGUUUGGAUGUUAGAGCCAGGUUUAACUUGACUGAGUUCAUAAGGUUGUUGCGAGGCCAGAAUGCCAUUCUUUGGAGGCAGGGUGAGAAAUGCAAAUAAAUAGUUCAGUUGAGACUUCUUAAGGUCCUGGUUUGAUGCUUCCACCCUAAAGCAGUAAUGCAGGAAGUGAGACAGAUCAGAUACCCUGCCCCCCUUUUGGGGGGGGGGGCAAUGGAAAGCACAGCUCUCACUGUGCAGAUGGAACAUCUCUAUUGACUUGGUGUUACCUUUGUUUGUGCAUACACUUGGUGGCCCACAUGGUGGAAACAAGGGACAAGAUGGAUUCCUAGACUGCGAGAGUUGGAUAUGCACUGGGUGCGCAUUGAUCCUGCCCCUCUGCCACCCCCUGCAAACCAUCUCUCCAUCCCACAUUCCUUUACCCUCAACUACUGAUUAAGACUUAUUAGUCCUGGUUGCUGCUGCUAAUGGCAGGUGCUGAUUAACGGAGCUGGCUUAAAGUCUCUGCACUACUGUGUCUCUUAGGUUAAAGUCUGGAACAUUCCUCACCACUUACUCACAACAAACAUCACAGAUGCACAGAAGGAGCUUCUUGGUCAUUCGCGAAGGGUGGGCCUCAUCGAAUGGCACCCAACUGCGAGCAACAUCCUUUUCAGCACCGGCUAUGAUUACAAAGUGAGUCGGGGUCUUGUGACUCUUCAUUUCAAGCAUCAACAUGCUGUUGUUCUAUUCUGCUUCCAUGGGGGGGGGGGGGUUCUUGGGCAGAGUAUCUGAGGUGUGUGAAAUGAAUGAGAGGUUAUAAGUCAUGGGUAGGCAAACUAAGGCCCGGGGGCCAGAUCCGGCCCAAUCGCCUUCUAAAUCUGGCCUGCAGACGGUCUGGGAAUCAGCGUAUUUUUACAUGAGUAGAAUGUGUCCUUUUAUUUAAAAUGCGUCUCUGGGUUAUUUGUGGGGCAUAGGAAUUCGUUGUUCUUUUUUUCCCCUUCCAAAAUAUAGCCUGGCCCCCCACAAGGUCUGAGGGACAGUGGACUGGCCCCCUGUUAUAAGUCUCUGCCACAGCUAGAGGAUUUUGCAUCAUAGUUACUUCCUGCCUUUCAAAACAUGGUGGACACAGUCUAUUCCCAGCAUGCAUAGAGAACACAAAGCAAGAGAGGGGUAAAAAUUCCAGGGGUGCGGGGCAACGGAUAAGCCAGCCCAGAAUUGCCUAUCAGGAUGUUCCCACAACUUGUUUCUUUUGAUUAUGUGUAUGUAUGUGUGUGUUUGUGUGUAGGGAGGUGGCAUGUUGUUGUUAUUUGCGAAAAGCGCCAUAUAAGCCUGAAUUGCAAAUAAAUAUGCUACAGUUCUGCAAUACCACAGAAUAUGGUAUUGGUUGCAGAAUUCAGGCGCAGAAUUGUAGAGUUGGAAGGGACCCUGAGGAUCAUCUAGUGAUUCUAGUCCAAUCCCUGCCAUGCAGGAACAUGCAGCUGUCCCAUAUGAAGAUCAAACCUGCAACCUUGGCAUUAUCAGCACCACGCUCUAACCAGCUGAACUAUCCAUGUCAAACAAGAACCUCAAUUUUCAUCAAAGCCAGCAACAAAUUGGGAUUUUCUAGUCCUUAAUGGUUGCAAAGGAAUGAAGUAAAAGUGGGUGGUGAUGUCUCCUGAAACUUCACAAGCCAGAUUCAUUGCUGGAUGUAGUUUUCAGUGUUCAGGGGCUGGAGCAUUUGCACCCCAUGCAGCCGUCUGUCCUUCCCCAGGGCUAGCAGAAGCUGCAUAAAUUUUGCCCAGGGAAAAACAUGGAAAUGUGCUGUGUGUAAUUUGUCCAAGUUGCAUAGCGUUGGGAGUAGUCAUUGUUCUUUUUGUGCAUUGUCUGCACUGUGGGUGGGGAGCUCUGGAAACAUUCACGAAUGCCCCUCUCUUUGCCUUCAGAUCAUGAUCUGGAACCUUGACACCAAAGAGUCUGUAAUUGAGACCCCGGUGAAGACAAUCCACUUCCACACGGACGUCAUUCUUUCCAUGUCGUUCAACACAGACGGGAGCCUCUUGGCCACGGCCUGCAGGGACAGGAAAAUAAGGGUCAUUGACCCACGAGCAGGAACUGUCUUACAGGUAUGCAGGGCUGGUGAGAUUGAUUAGCGCCACGCGGGAAGACUGCUUGCUGUUUGUUUCAGAUGGCUGAAAGGAUGUUCUCUCUUGUGCAGAGGAGAAGGAUAGGUCUGCAGGUCAGAAGGUGGGGGUGCAUCUUUCUCUGAAACAGCAGGGUCUAGAUCAGAAGAUCUAGCUUAGAUCCUACACCAGGUUUACAUCUGGGGACAUAAACCAGAGCUGCUGUCAUUUACAGCCUUAUUCUGUUCUGCAGCUGGGUAGCACUUUCAAAGUUAGCUUCUCCUGCUCCUGAAUCAUGAUGAAUUGAUUCUGAAUUGGAAUCACAACUCUUUUUCACAUCGGAUGGGCUGUCAGCCUAGCUUGAUAUAGGCAGUUUAGGAGUGGGAAGGUGACUCGGCUGCCGUCCAUGACAUUAAGAUCAUCACUUGACUGCUUGCAGUUACCUUCUCUUUCAGGUGGGGAGUGUCAAUCAAGCUUAGAUGGGUUGGUGGGCCCAAUGUCCCUCCCCGAAGGCCGCCUUGGGGCUAUGCCUGUUAUUUUGCACCAUAAUCGCCACAUUUUGAGGGAGGCAGAAGUCAGUCAUAGGUCAUUCAGUUCAUUUCUAAAGUACCGUAUUUUUCGCUCCAUAAGACACACUUUUUUCCUCUUAAAAUCUAAGGGGAAAUGUCUGUGCGUCUUAGGGAGUGAAUGUGUGGUCCCUGGGGCUGGGUGGGGGGGAACCUGGGCUUCCCCUGCCAGCCCCGACCUGUUCUUUGGGGCUGGCGGUGGGGGAAAGCGCUUCUGGGGCAGCCCGCGAAGCCUUCGCAGGGCAGCGGGGAGCCUUCAUCCCGCUGCCCUGGGGAGGCUUUGCGUGGCUAUCCCUGGCUUUUGCGGGAGGUGGGGGAAGGGACAGAGCGAGGCUCUCUCACUUCCCCCACCUCCUGCAAAAUUCCCCCACCUCCUGAUGCAUAUUUUUUUUCUUGAAUUCCCCCCCCCCCCAAAAAAAGUAGGUGCGCCUUAUGGUCAGGUGCACCUUAUGGAGUGAAAAAUACGGUAUCCCCCUCAUUAUUCAGUGUCCAGCCUGAUGCAUUGUCCUGGACCGGUUGGACUCACAGGAAUAGUGGGAGGGAACCACACAGGGUAGAAGGCUGAGAGCUUAGGUGGGACGACGCCGAGUAAUCAGAGGGAAAAGAUUGGGAAGAGCUGGUGUCAGAAGCUAAAGGCGUAACAGGGCUGAGUGUGCUAAGACAGUCUGUGGCUGAGAGAAGUUCAGAAUCAGAAGUGGAAGCUGGUGAGUGGGAGACCAAGAGGCAGAGAUGAGUCAAGUGGGCGAAGAAGCAAGGAUGUCUUCCCCUUCUGCUGCAACAAGCUACCCUCCUCCCUGCUCUCCCAGAACCAGAAGAGGCAUGAAGUGGGAAGAACAAGGCAGGCAGGUGCAGUCUCCGAUUGCUUGGGGAGGGGGAGGACCUGGAAAGGAGACAUAGAUGGCUGUGGGGAGACAGGAACCUUUAGUCUGGGCAAUUGAUCCAUGGGGCAAGAACUACACUGGUACCUCGGGUUACAUACGCUUCAGGUUACAGACUCCGCUAACCCAGAAAUAGUGCUUCAGGUUGAGAACUUUGCUUCAGGAUGAGAACAGAAAUCGUGCUCCAGCAGCGCGGCAGCAGCGGGAGGCCCCAUUAGCUAAAGUGGUGCUUCAGGUUAAGAACAGUUUCAGGUUAAGUACGGACCUCCGGAACAAAUUGAGUACUUAACCCAAGGUACCACUACUGGGGAUGAGCUGCUGUGCUCACUAGGCUUGAUGCUCAGCCAAGUUCGUGCAGAUCCUGUUCUUGCUAAUAAAGAGUUAACUUCAACAGGCAGGGUGUGAUUUACUGCUGGCUUGCUCCUGUCACUUAUCUACCUGGGAUCCUGAUUCCCAGUUACCCUCUUCAUUGCUCCUGUGAAGUGUUUCUGUGUCCCAAGGCCUGUGGUACACGCAAGUGGAAGACACAAGAGGGUUCUGCAAGAGAAGCCUUUAAGAAGACAGUCCUUUAUGUAGUUUUCUAGCUCAGAUGAUUCAUCAGCUGGUGUGUAAUGUGAUCGUUCCCCAGGAGCACACUGGCGUUCCCCAAGAGGCCUGACAAGCCCUGCCUUGACAGUCCUACCUUAAAUUAGUCUGGUAUGGCUUCCAAAUCAUAUAUUGCUGCAUCAGCUGUACAGGGAGAUAAGCAAAAGCUGUGAAUUUUGAUGGUGGAGGGUUUUCAAAACUUCAGACAAUAGGCAGGUGCAGAUGAGUUUCACUGAAAGAAGCAGCAUUUGGUGUGCUUGAUUUCCUCUGAGUAACACGCCAUGUCUUCUUGCAGGAAGCAAACAACAAGUCUCACAGAGUGAAUAAAGUUUUGUUUCUAGGAAACAUGAAAAAGCUGCUCUCCACGGGGACAUCGAGGUGGAACAACAGGCAAAUUGCACUAUGGGAUCAGGUGAGUUGCUCAGCAAACCACUUCAAGCACUCGCCAUGCUAAUGGUUCCAUCACAGAUCAACACUUUAGCUCUGUCUCUCUCUCUGCUGUUUAGGCCAUGUGCACACACUAAAUCUUUAAAGCUCAUUCAACUAUAGUAUCAGACAGAUAAACAGCUAUGUGCUUUUUAAAAGACAUCUGAAGGCAGCCCUGUUCAGGGAAGCUUUUAGUGUGUGAUGUUGUAUUGUGCUUUUAGUAUUUUUUUUUGUUGGGAGCCGCCCAGAGUGGCUGGGGCAACCCAGCCAGAUGGACGGCAAGCAAACAAACAAAUCAAAGCAAUUAUGAACAGAGAUGUGCAAAGAGCUUCUCUCUGUGAGAAAGCACAACAGUGGCUGAUGUGGGGCAUGGCAUGCCUGCGCCAUUUUGUGUCACUUUCCCUGCUCUUUUAGAUGUGGCAGCCAUUUUGUUUUAUGCCAGGCCCCCACAGCCGCCAUUUUGUGACUGGUGCAAACUCCCUAUGUGCCCAGUGGCCCCAAGAGGUUGGCGGCCCCUGCUCUAAAUCCUUCUGGAACUGCAUUUGUUGUUCUUGUUGUGUUUUGCCACUUUAUAGCUGUUGUUUCUGGUUUCCUCACGCAGGGUGACCUUUCCGUGCCUUUAGUAGAGGAGGAUAUGGACGGUUCCUCGGGUCUCUUGUUUCCUUUCUAUGACUCGGACACACACAUGCUGUAUGUGCUGGGCAAGGUGAGUCCUUGCCCUUGCUACAGAGUCUUAAGUAUGUGGGCAAGACGAUAAAUAAAACUUGUGCGAUAACUAGAUUCCCAUGCCUGGCCAUUGAAACCGCUCUCCACGUGGAACGGGCACUUGAGCGAGUUAAGAACAUGUGGCAGUAUUCUUUAGCUGGGGACCAUGAAAUGUCUUCCUCCAAAUGGUGUGUCGCGAGCCAAGCACACCCUUCUCUUGGAUACAACACUGUCCUCUUGUCUCUCCCAUUAUCUCUAGGGCGAUGGGAACAUCAGGUACUACGAGAUAAGUUCGGAGAAGCCAUACCUAAAUUACCUGAUGGAGUACCGCUCCCCUUUGCCCCAGAAAGGAAUCGGUGAGCUUGCCUACAUUUUCAUUGCUGGUGAUGUGCGAUAAAGGGGUGUCCGUGAGCAACCGAUACGGCAAGAGGCAGCUGGUCAUGGGAAGAUAACGGGCCUCGCUCUGUUCCUCCUUCCCUUCAGUUUUGUCACAGCUGUGCAAUGUGGCUGAGGUUCUUCUUUUCGCCGCUUCCCUUUUGCCACUGAGGGAAUUUCAUCAGAGAACUAUUGCUUUACUUCAGGCUGUUCAAAAAUACCAUUCUAAGAGAACUUUCUCUCCCCCCCCCACCCUUUAGCUGUGUACACAGCAUACAAAGCAUACAAGGCUUCCCCCCCCCCCCCCAAUAAUCCUGGGAACUGUAGUUUAGCUCUUCACAAAGCUACAAUUCCCAGCAGAGUUCCCAGGGGGGAAGCGGUGUCUUUUAACUCGGUUUUAAACACAUGAAGCUUCCAUCUGAAUAUGCAACUGCACCAUAGAGCGACCAUUUUCUAUUCCAACUAACAGACCUCCUUCUCUGGGGGUGCAAAGGGGAGGAAUUGCUUGGCUAUAGCCCAGCCGAAUCCUCAGUCUCUUUAAACAGCCCCCCAACUGCAGAGGAGGAGGUUGUAGCUGUUGGCAUUUUCUAGUUAAAACGCUCCGCGGAAGUUGGAAGUUAAUACUGAAUCUCUGUUGGAAGAGCACACUUUGCCCUGGGUCUAAUUACAUGGAGACUCUGAGUUUAGGAAAAUUAGAAAGUUACUUUUAUUACAGGAAAUGCAUGUUUGAGAGAAAAGAUCCUGGUUCUGUGUGUCUAAGGUAGAGACACAAAGGAUGUCUCUCCUCUCGAGGAGAAAAGCAAAGGAGGAGGAAAUGAGUAGGGUGUGUCAUUUUAGGGGGCGAAUUUAAUUUUUGCAAAUUUAUUCAGUGAGAGGGUCUUAAAAAUAUGUUUUUGGGUGUGAGGAAUUCAAAACUGCUAUUCUUUUUAUGAUCAGACAAUGUUUAGCUUGGUCCGUCUAUGUUUGGUGAAGAAGCACAAAAACUGCUUUUGGAAAACCAAAGAAUUUUAAUUUCACCUUCUGAAAAUAUCAGUUAAUGCCUAAUAACAACAAUAACAAUAAUAAUAGCUACAAGUACUUAGUCAUUUUUAAUGAUUACUAUGCAGUUCUACACAGUUUUACUUCCCAAGCAAAACUGAAUAGCUCAGUAGAUUAGAGCAUGGUGCUGAUAAUGCCGAAGUCGCAGGUCCCAUCCCCAAAUGGGACAGCUGCAUAUUCCUGCAUCGCAGGGGGUUGGAAUGGAUGAUCCUCUGAAUCUCUUCCAACUCUACAAUUCUAUGAUUCUAAAUUAUAUUAACGUAGCCAAAAUAUCUUUUGAAUCCCCAAGUCAUGCUGCAACUUUUCAGAACCCCUCAUUUUGGAAGUUGAAAAAUUCAGCAAGCCCUAGGAAAUGAGAUCAGCAACCCUGAGAGGUCUAAUGCCUGAGAGAAGGUCAGCACCAAUUAUGUAGGUUGGAAAGGACAGUCUAAAACAGGCUCUUCCUCCCACGCUUUCCCAAGCAAACACAUCAGCCUCCACUGCAAGCUGAGUUGCAUCCCAACACUUCUCAACAGUAGCUCUGGGCUUUUCCUGAUGCAAGUCACUUCCCGCUUGCUACUGUAGAUUUUGCCGCAAGGCAAACCAAGGGUGAGGCAGUGAGACCAGCAGAGAAAAACGGAGUGGCUGUUAAAGAGACAGGAGAGUUUUCCAAUUUGUUCCCUGGUGAUCCCACAUCAGGUUGGAGACAGAGGUAGCAACGUUUAAGAGGAGUUGGAUGGGAGAAAAAAAUUGCACAGAGAAGGAAGCAGUGUGUUCUGUGAUGGUUGGAGAAAGACAAUGUCGUAAGUGCUGGGUGGGAGGUAAAGACGUAAGAGGCCAACCGUGCUCCCUGCUCUCUGUUUUCCCCCCUCUACAAGUCUCCCUGCAUGUUUGUAGAGGAAGAGGAGCAGCUGGAGUUUUAGGCCCCAUGUUAAGUGCCUCCCUCGAUCAGUGGCCCAUCUAGUCCAGCAAUCUGCUUUUGCAGUGGCCAGUUAGAUGUUGUGGGAAACUUGUAAGCAGAAAUGGAGCUCUGCACUUGUGCUUCCUCACAAGUGGUACAGUCAUACCUCGGGUUACAGACGCUUCAGGUUGCGUUUUUUCGGGUUACGGACCCGCCAAAACCCAGAAGUAUCGGAACGGGUUACUUCCGGGUUUCGGCGGUUGCACAUGUGCAGAAGCACUAAAUUGCGCUUUGCGCAUGCGCAGAAGUGCCAAAUCGCAACCCGCGCGUGCGCAGACGUGCCGCUGCAGGUUGCGAACGUGCAUCCCGCACGGAUCAAGUUUGCAACCCGAGCGUCCACUGUAUUCAGAAACUUACUGCCUCCAGCAGUAGAGACAGAACAUGACUAUCAUGGCUAGUGGCCAUUGAUAGUUUUAUCAAUGCCUCAAUCAUUUUGGCUGCACUUCCCUGAACCUUUUCCAGCUUUUGGAGGUCAGGCGACGAGAUCUGUUCACAGUAUUCCAAAUGCAGUCACACCACAGAUUUGCAUAAUGGGAUUGUGGUAAUUGCCAGUUUUAUUAGCAGUGUUGGCCAGUGCAUGUCUAGUUUCACACUGCCAUAACACUUCUCCCUGCUUCCCCGGUCUUUAGGUUUCAUGCCAAAGAGGGGUCUGGAUGUCUCUUCCUGCGAGAUCUUCCGAUUCUACAAACUGAUCCCAGCCAAGUACCUGAUAGAGCCAGUGUCUAUGAUAGUUCCGCGUCGGGUGAGUGAAUCUCUCCUGGCUUUCGCUGGGUGGCUUCUAAACAGGGCAGGGGGGUGGUGGCACUUGUUCAGAUGUAAGCCAGUGUGCUCUGGUAUCUCUCUGCAGUCUGAAUCGUACCAGGAAGACAUCUACCCGAUGACAGCUGGAGCCCAGCCAGCCCUGACGGCACAAGAAUGGCUAAGCGGCAGUAAUAAAGGUCAGUGAGACCCAAAGGGCCUGAAUCAAAAUGAUGUCCUCCUCUCUCUGGUCUGCAUCGUGUUAACAGCAGACCUAGAGGAUCAGGUGAGCGACACACCUGUAGGAGCAUUGCUAGGUUUGAGCGGGGACCCUGCGCAAGAUGCCCUUUAAGCGCCCACCUCCCAUAUUUCUCACUGUCCUCCCCACCUCCUGCCUGGCUUUGCUGUUCCCAUAGUGACAAGUGCUUUCUCUUGAAACCACUUGGUGUAACUGGAAACUGCUGGGAUAGCUCUGUCGGUCGAGCAUGAGACUCUUAACCUCAGGGUUGUGGUUUUGAGCCCCACGUCAGGUAAAACAUUCCUGUGUUGCAGGGGGUUGGACUAGAUGACCCUCGUGAUCCCUUACAGUUCUAUGGAAGGUGUGCUUCCCUGCCCAUCCGCUGAAUGGUAGUACAGUCAUACCUCGGGUUACAGACGCUUCAGGUUGUGUUUUUCCGGGUUACGGACCGCUGAAACCCGGAAGUACCAGAACGGGUUACUUCCGGGCUUCGGCGGUCACGCAUGUGCAGAAGCCCUAAAUCGCGCUUUGCGCAUGUGCAGAAGCGCCAAAUCGCAACCCGCGCGUGUGAAGAUGCACCGCUGCGGGUUGCGGAUGCUGCGGAUCACGUUCGCAACCCGAGCGUCCACUGUAUGAGCACACCUUGCUCCCGCUAAGGAGCUCUUCAUAAGCUCAAUUGUUCCUUUGUAGCCAUGUUGGUACCUACCCAACACUGGACAUCAGUGGAUGGCAGGUAUUGGGCAGGCAGAUGUGAUUUAGGGAAAACAACCCCGUGGGCCAAAGGAGGCCUAGCAAGCCAAAUUUGGCUCAUGGUCUGGAGAUUCCCUGCCCCUGCUUUAAGCAUGAGCAACGUUGAGAGAGGAAGCUACAGAAAUGUAGACCCUGCACUUCUGCAGUGAAUGUGUAAUGAUCACCUGAGACAGUCUCCAAGGCUUGAGUCCUCCUUGAGGGUGGUUGCACGCAGCAGCAGAGGCCUAGAAGGUCUGGGUUGACUUUCCUGCUUAGCUCGCCGAGGAGCUCUGGUGCAUGGAAGAAUCAUUCUCUUUUGGCCUAGCCAAAGAAAUUGGGCAAAAUGUGAGAAAUAAACUAUGUAUCAAUACAUUGCCCAGGAACGGUUUGAGGGCAAGAGCGUGAUGGCACCUUCACCCGCACUGUACCGUUGCCAGUUGAGGGCCUCAUUGCGCUUUGGCCCUCAAACUGAGGGAGGAGCGAGCUGCUGGGGCCGAUGCAACUCAUUCUUCCCUCAGUGUGCCAAGAGUUGGCGGCAGAGGGACUUUUUCCGACUCCAGUGGCCCAGUGUGUAGAGGAACGAGCUGCAUCGGCUUCGGCCCUGCAAGUUGCUGGGGUGAGACAGCCGCUGCUCCGCCGACAGAGCUGAGGCAGAUUCACUCUGGUGCCUCAUGGGGCUAGGCCCAAUGCAGCUUGUUCCUCCCUCCGCUUUUCAACAUCGCAGUGUAUCACUAUAUCACGAUGUUUGGCUGGUGAUAUGUCACAAUGUUGAAAAUCUGAUAUCGCCCAGCUCUAGUUGUGUGUACUUUCUCUAGUGCAGAGUACAGUGGUACCUCGGGUAACAUAUGCUUCAGGUUACAUACGCUUCAGGUUACAGACUCCGCUAACCCAGAAAUAGUACCUCGGGUUAAGAACUUUGCUUCAGGAUGAGAACAGAAAUCAUGCUCUGGCGGCGCAGCGGCAGCGGGAGGCCCCAUUAGCUAAAGUGGUACAUCAGGUUGAGAACAGUUUCAGGUUAAGAACUGACCUCUGGAACGAAUUAAGUACAGUGGUACCUUGGGUUAAGUACUUAAUUCGUUCCAGAGGUCCGUACUUAACCUGAAACUGUUCUUAAGCUGAGGUAAAACUUUAGCUAAUGGGGCCUCCCACUGCUGCCGCGCCGCCAGAGCACGAUUUCUGUUCUCAUCCUGAAGCAAAGUUCUUAACCUGAAGCACUAUUUCUGGGUUAGCGGAGUCUGUAACCUGAAGCGUAUGUAACCUGAAGCGUAUGUAACCCGAGGUACCACUGUAUAUCAGUCCUCACAGGCUUCAUUACUGGAAUGAGUGAAAUCUGCUUCUUUCUGUCAUUCACUGGCUUGGCUCUAAAAACCUGUGUGAGUCUUCAGAGUCUGUUCUGAAAUCCUCUGAUCUUCCUGAUCUUUGUGCCAAAUGCUCCUUCCUGUUGCCCGCAGGCCCCGUCUUGAUGUCUCUGAGACCAGGCUCCGUCAUCUUGAACUCUUUGCCUCCCCUCCCUGUGAAGGAGGCAGCGCUGCAAGCCACAGAGCCUGCCCAGCUGCGGACCCGGGUGGCAGACAUAAUUGAGAAGCCAAGCAGGGUGCAAGAGAGAUGGGUGUACUGGAAGGCCGAGGAGAGGGGGCCAGAAGACAGGAAAAUCGGGCUGUCGAACGGCUUUGAUGUUUUUGAGUGUCCUCCGCCCAAAACAGAAAACGAGGUAUGAUUGUCUGACAGCGAGAAGAAGCCUUGUUGGCAAGUCAAGAUGAGCAGCUUAAAGUGGGUGCUACCGCUCCGGCGGGAAGCUAAACGGUGUUUCCGUGCGCUGCUCUGGUUAAACCACAGAGCCUAGGACUUGCCGAUCAGAAGGUCGGCGGUUCGAAUCCCCGCGACGGGGUGAGCUCCCGUUGCUCGGUCCCUGCUCCUGCCAACCUAGCAGUUCGAAAGCACCUCAAAGUGCAAGUAGAUAAAAUGAUAAAUAGGUACCGCUCCGGCAGGAAGGUAAACGGUGUUUCUGUGCACUGCUCUGGUUCUCCAGAAGCGGCUUAUUCAUGCUGGCCAUAUGACCUGGAAGCUGUACGCCGGCUCCCUCGGCCAAUAAAGCGAGAUGAGUGCCGCAACCCCAGUCGGUCACGACUGGACCUAAUGGUCAGGGGUCCCUUUACCUUUACCUAAGCUGGAAAUUGGCUAGCUGGGAGUCCAGAGCAAGGAAAGUCCCCUUUCUCAGGGUGUGCAAAGCAGUACAAGGAGUGAGGGCUUGCCCAGUUGGGCAAAGCGCCAAUACAGCUUGUUCCUCCCUCUGCAUAUUUAAACUGCUCAACUGAGGAGUGUGCAGCUGUCCUUGCCUCAGUUGAGCAGUAAAAGGAGACCCCAGCCCAGCGCUGGCUCCUGCAAGCCAACGGUGGGGUGGGAUGGGGGCUCUUUGAAACUGCUCACAUGAGGGGAGCUGUCUCAGCUGGGGAGGGGGAACCUUCCCGAUCCCCAGUUGAGCUGCGCAAACAAGCUGCACUGUCCCAGCCUGCAAGUCAGGGUGAAACCUCCUCAGCUCUCGAGGUGAGAGCUGGGGCAGUUUCACCUGGUGUCUCGCGGGCAGAAGCCAAUGUAUCUUUUCUUCCAACAUCGCGGCAUAUUGGCCAGCCCUACUGGGGCAGGGGGUAAAAGGUAAAGGGACCCCUGACCAUUAGGUCCAGUUGUGGGUGACUCUGGGGUUGUGGCGCUCAUCUCGCUUUAUUGGCCGAGGGAGCCGGUGUACAGCUUCCGGGUUAUGUGGCCAGUGUGACUAAGCCGCUUCUGGCGAACCAGAGCAGCACACAGAAACGAAACGCCAUUUACCUUCCCACCGGAAUGGUACCUAUUUAUCUACUUGCACUUUGACGUGCUUUUGAGCUGCUAGGUUGGCAGAAGCAGGGACUGAGCAACGGGAGCUCACCCUGUCGCGGGGAUUCGAACCACCGACCUUCUGCUUGGCAAGCCGUAGGCUCUAUGGUUUAGCCCACAGCGCCACCCGCGGGGAGGGCACUGAUAUUUUUCAACCCAAGACCCACAUUCGCAGUCUGCCAGCCCUCCAGUGGGGCUCAUGCACACGCAGCCUGCACAUAUCUCACAGCCAUACAGGGCCAUUACACCUCCCAGAACUGAGAUAAUUUCAGUACUCCAGAGCAGGGGCUUCCAAACUGCGGCUGAGCUUCAUUAAUGCAGUCUGUGUUGUGUCUGCUAAGGACGGCAGGCACAGUGCCUCCUCCAUCGUUCUUAGAAACUGAUGGUCCAUCCAGGUGAGCGGGACAUAUCAGAAGUGACGGGGCGGGAAGCCAUUGAAUAUUGUGGAGAGGAUUAGCAACACAAAAGAGCGAGCAGGAGGAAGCAGCGAGAAAAAAGUCAGUGUGGAAUUCUAACUGUAAUGCAACAAAAUGCAAUGCAAGAAAUAAAAUAUGAUUAAAGAUCCUACAGCAUCUAGCACAGUGCGUUAGAAUUCCUACAGGAGGCAGAAAAAUCAUUUAGUGGUCCCCCAGGACCCUCGCCAAUUUUCAAGUGGUUCAUGGGGCAGGGGGAGGUUUGGGCACCACUCCUUUGGAGGAACUCGCAUAUCUUAAAAUUACUAAUGAAGGCUCAUUAACUUUGGCAUACUUAGGGAAACUUGUAAAAUUGUCAAGCCUCUUAUAUACUGAGUUCUUUCCCCUCGUUGUGGGAGAUGAAACCUCUCCCAUCAUAGCCUUGGGAUCAGUUUUGGCACGGCUACAGUUAAACAACCCACCACAUUAGGAGCAGCAGGUCAGAGUACCCUGGAAACAGAAAAGGAUGUUUCACGAGCACUUGGGAAAUAUCAGAGCGUUCCUUCCUGUUUCUGGAGCACUCAAUGGCUUGCUCUCAAUGGCUGUGGCUUGCUCAGCGCCGCACAAGCCUGGGACAACCCGGUCAGAUGGGCAGGGUAUUAUUAUUAUUAUUAUUAUUAUUAUUAUUUUAUUUAGCAGCUGCACUCACCUUUGGGGCUGCCAGGGCCUCUUAAAAUGUCUUACCAGAGUCACGAGUUUGGCCACUGCUGAUCUAUACAGUUUCAAAUAGACGUCGGACGGUUAAAAAAAUCGUGGUGGAUAUAGAUAGCAUAGUGACUUGCGAAACCUCUGCUUUCCAGCUGCUGCAGAUGUUUUACCGGCAGCAGGAAGAAAUCCGGAGGCUCCGCGAACUGACGAUUCAGCGGGACGUGCAGAUCAAACAGCUGGAGCUGGAGAUUAAAAACCUUCGCAUGGAUUCUGGCAGGUUCUGACGGGACGUUGCUUGGCAGCCUUUGGAAGGCGGUUCAGACUCCAGGACUGUGGUCGCCUCCAAGUACUACUGCGGGGAGAUUUUGGAUUAGGACUUGAGAUCUUAUAGGCAACUCAUUGCCUGCCUCAAGUGCCCAUUUUCUGGAAGCCAGAGGCCGCUGGGAUUCUUACGGGUGCUUUGUUUACUAGCCGCCUUCUUUGAACCAGAGAACGAACUGGUAUGAAAGUGGCCCCAGAGUCACUCUGGGAAGUCUCAGUGUGAAGGCAGAGGCUCCCUUGUGCCUGUGUGUGCCUGGUACUUCAUUGAGGAGCAGCGAGAGCAUCUUCCAAGUCCCCGGUGCCCAUUUGAGCUUGGCCUUGUGGUGGUUUUGACUCGUCCAGGCUGUCUAGCAAUGACCCGUUGCAACAUGAAGGCUAAGUGGGUCAGGACUCUUCCCUGUUCCUCCCUGGAGCUGAAGUAGAGCAGGUUGUUUCUACACUGAAUUACUUUUGUCUCUCUUGUGGUCGAUGAUGGUUUGGGGGGGGGCAUGUCUAAGUCAUCCACUUCCCUUAGUUUUAUGGGUUUUCCUUUGCAAAUAUGGUUGCACUCAAGAGGUGAGGAGCAAAGAAAUGGGAGUCUGUAAUCAGUAAAGGCAAAAUCAGGAAUGUAGGUUUGUUUGGUUAUAAAGGGGAACUAAUUUCAAAAGCCAAGCUUUUGAAAGGGACGUUUCAUUGUUGAGCCUUGUGAGGCAGACCAGGUCGUAACCAGAGCAUAUCUGCAGCUCCUGUCAAUACACAGUCACCUUUCAGCUUCACCCAUAAUAUUUCCCCAGAAUCACUUCAUGCCUUAAGCAAACAAUAGACUGAGGACCAAUUCUCUGAACUGGCUUCCUUCCAGUUGCCUCAAACCCAACCUUCCACUAGUUGCUUCUUCCCUCCAUCACUUUUCCACUGAAUUUUGUUGCCAGAAUCAACAUGGGACAUUGCAGGGCAGUGUCCAGAAAGGAGUUCAGACAUCCAAUUUCCAGCUCAUCUUAUAGAAUAUUCCGUCCUUCCCCAUUUCAUCUGGUUCAGAGCCUGUUUCUAGGAUUAAGCUUUUGCAAAAUCACAAGGCUCUUCUUUCAAACGGUUUCCCAUCUUCUGCUCCGAUACCUACAACCAAUGCUUUGCCUGAUCUUCCAUUGCCUGUUGAUUCCCACACAAGUCUAUGCAAAGCACUGCCAUCCGCGUAAUUCUCCUUCCAGGUCUCGGGGCUGACCACCUGAAAUAUCCAAAGACUGUGAAGCCCUGGGACAGCGAAGGGAUGAGUCUUUGGGAGCAGUGGGGGGAUGAGUCUUCUGGCGGGAUACCUUUAAAGCACUUCUCCCUAAGUCCUGAAAGUUAAGACCUGUUGCUGAAAAACAAAAAAAUGGUUGGGCUCCUGCGAUGUCAGGAGCUGGGGCUUGAAGAAACGCAAGCAGCCCUGCUCAUAAUAAAAUCAUAAAAACCCCAUUGCCUUGGCUAGUUCGGGAAAACUCAAGAGUUGUUCAGGAGUGAGAGCAAGGAGCACACCCCAGUCUGGUCACUGUAACACCUCUGAUGUUGGGGUUAAGUAAGGCUUGGCCUACAGUGCUCACAUUCUUCUAUCUUCAGCUAGAUUUCCCCCCUUCAUUCACUUUCCGCAUAGCUUCUCAGAAAGACCAAUAAUUACCAGUUCAAAAUUCACUCCAAAGACCUGCUUUUAAUUGCAGCAAUCCCCAAUGGCUUGAUAAAACUGUGCCCAGGCAUGCCUCUCCCCAUCUUGCUUUUUAUAAAUUUUUUAACCUUAGCAUUAGAUCUGCCAGUGCUUGUUGGGAGUAACGCCUCUCAUAUCCUACCUAUAGAAGCAACAGUGCAGUUUUGCCUGGAUUGCACUAUUCAGGUUAUUGGGAAGAGGGUUGGAUAGUUCCUGUGUAUACAAAGUUAUCAUAUCAAGAAUCUAGCCUAGCUUUCUCUUGGCCAUAACGCCUUUUCUAUGUGCAUAUGCUUACAUAGGGAGCGCAUUCAGGUGAUUCCUCCACUUCAGUCUGAAGUGCUACAAGCCCAGAAAAGCUGUAUUAAUUGUGGCUUUGCUACUCUGGUGGUCAGAACAGUGCAAAAGGCAUCAUGAAACCUGUAGGAAACUCAACCUUACUUGGAUACCAAGCUUUUGCACUUUUAAACUGACCUCUGAAUAUUAAAGAGUAUUUUAUACCCAUUGCUCGUGGACUUUUAUCCAAUCCUUUUAAAAACUAGUGUCUCCACACUUUAUUCCAGAGGGCCGUGAUCUAUUAGGAACUUUUAAUAGUCAUGCUGACUGUCCAUUGGACAGUCUAGAUCAUGUUGUCUCUCCCAAAUGUGACUAGCCAUUAUGUUCACAAUCGGGGCACAAUGGGGAUAUCCACCCUCUACUGCUAAUCUCAGAGAUUUUCUCUCUCCUGCCCACUGCCCCUAAAAAAAGCCGAGUGAUCAGUUUUAUCUAGCUGUUGCUAACAGUUUAUUGUUGCAGUCCAACAGCAUGAGACUGCUGUGUAGCCUUUUUGCUGGUUGACAAGGGGGACUGAAUCCAGGUUCCUGUUCCCUUAUCCCAAACAACUGAUGAGAAGGAAUCCAGCAUUUAUUUUUAACAGAUUGUACACACACAGGGAUGGGACUAGGGCACCAUCCAUGCAGAAUCCGUUGGCACAGGCUUUAAUACCUCCAGCUAAGGAUACAUGUGCAGAUAGUCCCAAUCAGGAUGGAGGAAAAUGAUUGUUAGUCAUACUUAGGGUACUCAUUCAUAUCAAUGGACAAGUCAAUUAAUUCCAGUGGGUCUACCCUGAUUAUGACUAAUGCUGGCUACCACCCCUGCAAUUUGUGGGAUUGCUCUCUUUCCUUGUUUACAAUGCAGAAUAAAUUAUUUAAAGCAGUAGUCAGCUAAGGCAAAGGGAAAGUUAAGUUCCAAAAUGCAUUUUUAAAGUGUACCUUUAAAUGAUUUUUUGCUUGUUUUUAUGCAUUUUAUCUGAUCAACAGACAGCAAUGUUAGCCAUUUAUCAAGGGGAUUCCUCAAUCCUAAAUCUACUUGAAAAAAAAUUACUGCAUUAUGUUUACUGGUAACCUUUCAGAAAAUGAAUAAUUCAGCACUUGAAAGUUAUUUUUUAACGUAUCACUUCUCUGUUCUAUGUAAACCUUGGAGAUGGUACAUUUUAAAGCAACGCUUUACUCGUGUAUGUUGGAGGGAGAGAAAUGAAAAGAAAAUAUCUAUACAGUAAUAGCAAACUGGUUACGCUUUAUUAAACAGUGCCUAACUAUAUUUAAUGAUUGACAGUAUUCUUCAGUUUUUUGUUAUCUUCAUUUAAAAGGAAGUAAAUCAUUCAGAAUACAGUUGGGGGCAUACCUGAAAGAUAUUUGACUGGUCACAAUUGCACAAGGAAUGAUCCAGCCAAAGUUAAACACUCUUAACAGCUGAUUGGUUUCAGUAAGAAAGUGGAUUCAGUGGGAUUCAAUCCUUAAACCAAAGCAAAUAUCCGAAUGUAUCACUCUGUUCCAGUUAGAUUCCAUGCCAGCCAUGCAACCAAGUCCACAAAAAGCUAGUAGCCUACUACAGUUUUUACUAGUGCUACCGACCAUGCGUAUCAGUGCAAGUAAUCUGUGGCACAUCAACAAUAUGAGAAACACACACUUUAUUCUUAAAUGACUGACAAGCUGCCUGUCCACGUAGGCACAGCAAAAUGGGGAAUCAUAUGCACAAAUAGUUUUACAUAGAAGGUUUCCUACCCACUUGGGCUGGAAUCCCAUCAAACACCUAUUUGAGAAAGAAAAGUAGGGAAGCUGGUUUCAGUCUCCUCCCACCCUGUCAAAACAGCCAAUUAAAAAACACAUUGCUUCAAGUUGUUUUGUUCUACACAUACAUGCAGCCCCAGGAGCUAUUGAACCAAGAUAUCCACCUAACUUAAAAAGAAACUCAAAAUGGAGUAGUAAUUUUCUGAUCACAAGCACCUCUUUUCUUAAAUUGGCUUGUACCCAACAUAUAUAUAUGCUCUAGUAUAUCACUAGCUCCUGUGAUAUACUGUAACCAAGGAGUCUCUACUGCAAUUCCAGAGGAGCACAGAAUGUGACACAGGGCACAGAAUUCUGCUUCCUGAGAACCUCAGCUUUCAAUUAAAAGCAAAAAGAGACUGGCUAUUAGGCCUAGUGCCCACAGAUUAUGUUUUGAAACUACACGUGCCUACAGAAUCUCAUCUACCAGAGGUGUAGCGAAAUAUUUCCCAUGGUCAGUAGGUGAAGUUUCAGUGCGCUACAGAAAGCUCCUUGCCCCCUCCGUUACCUGCAAAACCAAAAAUGUCUACACAAAACUGCAUACAUUGGCACAGGUUACAGAAUGCAGCUUUUGAUGUGGAAUUUGAUUUUCAGCAUAUACAUAUCCUGGGAAAAAGAGUCUCACUCCUUUACUGUUGCUGGAUCUAUUGCUACCAACAGCAUAUAAAUAUGAGCAUUGGUUCCAAAGAGACAUAUUUCCAGAUUUAUUUUUGUCCCUUAGCCACGGGGUCCCUUUCAACUCUUUGAUACAGUUGACUUCAGAACAGAAUGAUGUGAAAGAGCCACAUCCAAUUGUGUCUGAGCACAAACAGAACAAAGAUUUCUACUCCUCACACCCUUGCAGCACCCCCCAACCUGCUGUGGGGGAUUGGGGAACUCUCUGGGACACAUUUAGAGAGGGCUGGGGGAAAUACAGGUGGAUCCCAGCCAUUUUCUGCAUUUAAUUCAAUCUGAAAUUGGAGGCAAGGUCAUGUUAGAAUGCCUCACUACAUGAGAAGUCAGGAUAUCAAAAGCUCCAAUUAACAGCUUUCAGCCUAGUCUGUUUAAAGGUCAAGUUCACUUUCAUUAUAUGCAUUUUGUAUGACUAGGCUGUAAUUCUAUACCUACUUACCUGAGACUAAGCCCCACUGAACUCAGUGGAACUUCUGCGUAGAAAUGUAUAGGACUGAGCUGUAGGAGCUCAUUUCCAUGUUGCAUGUUCUGCAAUCCUAUAUGCGUGUAUACAGAGAAAUAAGCCCCACUGAGAUUAAUGGGAUUUAUUGCCACGUGUGUACUGUACUACAUCAUUAAUCAUGUACACAAAUCACUGUAUUUUGUAAUGCAAGAGUGCCCUGGCCAUACGACUUUUUUUGUCCAUGUAAAACAUGACAAGAGGUAAAAGAUGGGGUGGCUUGCUGGUAUAUGCAUUACAAUCUGAGCAUAUGUGAGCACAUGCACACAGUGUAAAUACAUCUUCUUUUUAAGAUUUUGCACAUGGGUAUGGACCUUUGUGCAAUCUAAGAACCAAUCCUAUCUUUUUUCAAAAUGUAUUACUGUGGUUCAGAGAUUUAGGGCAAUAUUAUUUGCAAAGUGGGUGUAAAAGACCAAGUUCAAUCACUGCAUUUAAGAAUAAAGGGUGUCUAAAUAAC